AUGUUAAGACUCGCAUGGACGUCGUCAAAAAAAAGCCGCGUUGACCCAGCUCGCCUGCUAAGUAUCGCUGUCCUGGGAGGUCACCACAAGCGGCACAGCCCAGAGCUGAGUCGGGACAUCAGCGGGCUCACACCACUCCCUGCUAGUGACAAGUCCCCCUCGCUGCUGAGUCCCAGGACGUCCCAAUACUGCUUCAGGUAAAGUAGCUAAUGAAAUGACACAUAACAUGACAAUCGCCUAGGACGUGACAACAGCUUGCAACUGGCUUGUCAAAUUGAUUGAUUAAUCGCUAACUAGCUAACGUUAGCUAGCUAUAAUAAUGCAACAAUUGAUUGGCUAGCUAGCUGUGGAUUACAUCACUGUCUCGUGCCUGCCUGGGGAUCUAGCGGGUCGCCAAGUGGUCUUGCACGAGCUGUUGUUAGUUAGCUAGCUAGCAGGCUAGAUGCCAUUCGCCCUUGGUCUAGCCAGCUAGCUAUUUACCCAAUUAUAAAUAAACCUGAUGAUACCUUUUACAGUGUUGACACGAUUGCUAGUAAACACUGGACAUAACAAUUGGUGAUGCUUUACGGUGUGUUCUGCAGUUUAGAGAACUAAAAGCCAUGCUAGCCAAAAGGCUAGUGUUUUUAGCAUACUUGACAGCCAGCACUGUCUGGUUUGACAGCUGGCACUUGGCUGGGUUCGCGCAUGGAGGAAGUAGCUAGCGAGCUAAGUAGUUACAGUAACUAGCGAUUAUAGUAAGCUGCUACUGUCUAGCCAACACUGAUAUCAUGUAGCACUCAUACCACAUAUGCCAAGUAUGCACGCAAUUCACCCAGCAAUAAUAUUUCUAUAAACAUAAACAACAUGUGACUUAGCUAACAUGAACAGAUCUUAGCAUUGAUGGCACACUCCACAGUAUGUAAUUUGCAGUCAGUCAUUUUGUUGUAGUUUACAAAUAGUUUUCCAAUGAUGUUCAAAGCGCUACAUCUGUGUUUCACUUGAACCACCAGUAUGACUAGCAGAGCCAGUCUGAGUAUGGCGUCUGGGAGUGAGGGGCAGGGCAGCCCCCCGUCCAACCCCCAGAGACCCCCCAACCGCCUGGGACAGGAGAGGUCCCCUUACCUGCUGCAACACGCACACAACCCGGUGGACUGGUGGGUUAGACACACACACACACACACACACACACACACACACACAACCCCGUGGACUGCUGGGUUAGUCCACUUAUUAUUCUCUUUCACCAGUAGGCCUAAUCAAAAACCUUACAAACUACACUGAACAACAAUAUAAACGCAACAUGUAAAGCGUUGGGCCCAUGUUUCAUGAGCUGAAAUAAAAAAAUCCCAGACAUUUUCCAUACGCACAAAAAGCUUAUUGCUCUACAAUUUUGGGCACACAUUUUUUUCAUAUCCCUGUUAGUGAGCAUUUCUCCUUUGCCAAGAUAAUUCAUCCACUUGACAGGUGUGGCAUAUCAAGAAGCUGAUUAAACAGCAUGAUCAUUACACAGGUGCACUUUGUGCUGGGGACAAUAACAGGGCACUUUAAAAUGUGAAGUUUUGUCACACAACACAAUGCCACAGAUGUCUCAAGUUUUGAGGGUGCGUGCAAUGAGCACGCUGACUGCAGGAAUGUCCUAAUUUAUUUAUUUCAAUUGACAGAUUUCCUUAUAUGAACUGUAACUCAGUAAAACUUUGAAAAUGUUGCAUGUUGCGUACAAUUUUUUGUUCAGUGUAUGUAAACAAUGUAAGAUAGUGCCAGUUAAAUACAUGAAUCUAUCCAACCUCCCAGGUAUCCAUGGGGACAAGAGGCAUUUGACAAAGCCAGGAGUGAAGACAAGCCUAUCUUCCUGUCAGUGGGCUACUCUACGUGUCACUGGUGCCAUGUGAUGGAGAGAGAGUCCUUUGAGGAUGAGGAGAUCGGAAAGACCCUCAGUGACAACUUCGUCUGUAUUAAAGUCGACCGCGAAGAGAGACCUGAUGUGGACAAAGUCUACAUGACCUUCGUGCAGGUGUGUGUGUGUGUGUGUGUGUGUGUGUGUGUGUGUGUGUGUGUGUUUAAACAUGUAGUAAAUAAGUCCCCAUAUCUACUGUGUUUAUGUUAAUCUGUGUUGCUGUCCCUGGUCUCUAGGCAACCAGCGGAGGUGGUGGUUGGCCGAUGAGUGUGUGGCUGACCCCUGAUCUACGACCUUUCAUUGGGGGCACCUACUUCCCCCCCAGGGACAGUGGCCGGAGACCUGGACUCAAAACUGUCUUGACCAGAAUUAUGGAGCAGGUAAUAAUAAUGUCCAAGCUGUAUUUGGAAAGUGCUAUUCAUACAUUGAGUUCAAAGUUCAUACAGUGCAUUCGGAAAGUAUUCAGACCCUUUGACUUUUUCCACAUUUUGUUCCGUUAUAGCCUUGUUUUAAAUUGGAUUAAAAAAAAAAAAUUCCUCAUCAAUCUAUACACAAUACCCCAUAAUGACUAAGCGAAAACAGGUUUUUAGAAUUUUACCACAUUUAUAAAAAUUUAAAACAGAAAUACCUUAUUUACAUAAGUAUUCAGACCCUUUGCUAUGAGACACGAAAUUGAGCUCAGGUGCGUCCAGUUUCCAUUGAUCAUCCUUGAGAUGUUUCUACAACUUGAUUGGAGUCCACCUGUGGUAAAUUGAAGUGAUUGGACAUGAUUUGGAAAGGCACACACCUGUCUAUAUACGGUCCCACAGUUGACAGUGCAUGUCAGAGCAAAAACCAAGCCAUGAGGUCGAAGGAAUUGUCCGUAGAGCUCCAAGACAGGAUUGUGUCGAGGCACAUAUCUGGGGAAGGGUACCAAAAAAUGUCUGCAGCAUUGAAGGUCCCCAAGAACACAUUGGCCUCCAUCAUUCUUAAAUGGAAGAAGUUUGGAACCACCAAGACUUUCCCUAGAGCUGGCCGCCUAGCCAAACUGAGUAAUCUGGAGAGAAGGGCCUUGGUCAGGGAGGUGACCAAGAACCCGCUGGUAACUCUGACAGAGAUCCAGAGUUCCUCUGUGGAGAUGGGAGAACCUUCCAGAAGUACAACCAUCUCUGCAGCACUCCACCAAUCAGGCCUUUAUGGUAGAGCGGCCAGACGGAAGCCACUCCUCAGUAAAAGGCACAUGACAGCCCGCUUGAAGUUUGCUAAAAGGCACCUAAAGGACUCUCUGACCAUGAGAAACAAGAUUCUCUGGUCUGAUGAAACCAAGAUUAAACUCUUUGGCAUGAAUGCCAAGCUUCACAUCUGGAGGAAACCUGGCACCAUCCCUACGGUGAAGCAUGGUGGUGGCAGCAUCAUGCUGUCUGGAUGUUUUUCAGCGGCAGGGACUGGGAGACUAGUCAGGAUUGAGGGAAAGAUGAACGGAGCAAAGUACAGAGAGAUCCUUGAUUGAAACCUGCUCCAGAGUGCUCAGGACCUCAGACUGGGGUGAAGGUUCACCUUCCAACAGGACAAUGACGCUAAGCACACAGCCAAGACAACGCAGGAGUGGCUUCGUGACAAGUCUCUGAAUGUCCUUGAGUGGCCCAGUCAGAGCCCGGACUUGAUCCCGAUCGAACAUCUCUGGAGAGACCUGAAAAUAGCUGUGCAAAGGUUUGAACACCCCCUUUCCUGGGGGACAGUUUUAUGACCGGUCGUAAAUUCCUUGCAGAAACUUUAUUUUCCGUGCCAUGCAGUAUUGGGAGAGGGAAAUUCCCUGUGAGACAAAGGAAGUCUUCCCGCCAACAUCCAAAAGUGGAUAAUGAAACAAUAUUCCUACUUAAAAUAAUGUGGGAGAUGGUCUUUGGGGACUUAAAGAACAAUCAUGUUGAAUUCGUUACUAUGUUGUGAUGUCAAUAAAGACGGUGGAACAACAUAACUGUAUCUCUGGGGGUGUACACUUCCCAGUUAUGAGGUUUGCAUCUAAUUGUUGUAUAAAACAAAUGAUUAAGUAAAAUAAUACUUUUGUGAAGAUAACAAUGUGAUUUUAGCAUUCUAGAUGAGAUGAUUGUUUUCCAUAUUGACCACAGUCAGUGGCCAUGCCCAGAUGAGCACAAACAUGAUGGAACACCCUUUUUACACUUGAGUGCAUAAAAAGCCUUGGAAAAACUAAUUAACAUCAGACCAGCAGACGUGAAGCGUGAGCUAAACAUUAUAAAAAUGGUUUAAAACUACAACUCCUUUACCAACCAACCAAAUGGUUGAAUUUCUACAAGACCAAGAAGCGUGAAGCUGAAGCUACACGUUACAAAAUGGUUAGACCAGAAAACGUAAGACGUUAGUUCACACGUUUGAAAUGGAGAAACGCUGAAACUCUCAACGUCUACAUGAGGUGAAGAAGAAGACAAUGCAGUAGUCCUUAUCAUCUCAGUUUGCAGUUGGCAUGUAUAGUCGUCUAGAGAACUUUCACUAAAGACACGAGUUGAGAAGGACAAUCCCGCUCCGACAAUCGCUGGUACAUCUGAAGUACCCAUUCUAACCACCACUACGACCAGAAACUCUACCAAGGACAUUGAAUCGCUGGUGGGCAAACCAGAGUCCUACAUCAUCAACUCAACUAUCGAGGACAGCUACACGUAAAUACAUGUUGCAUUUCUAAUCCGAAUGAGCGUUUAGUGGGGUUUUAAGCAUUUGUAUUUCCGUGAGCGUAGUUUCCAAAGUAACCACGAUAGUUUGAAUCUCUGUCUCUCCCUUCCACUCUGACCCUCCUUCUACCCAAGAAUUCAUGCUAUUGUUAGUCCAGUCCACUAGGGACCUGUUGUCACUGUAUUACAUUACAAUGGCAUACACAUCACUAACAAACUUAAAUGGUCCAUCCACGCAGACAGUGUGGUGAAGAAGGUGCAACAGAGCCUCUUCAAUCUCAGGAGGCUGAAGAAAUUUGGCUUGGCACCUAAAACCCUCACAAACUUUUACAGAUGCACAAUUGAGAGCAUCCUGUCUGGCUGUAUCACCGCCUGGUACGGCACCUGCACCACCCGCAAACACAGGGCUCUCCAGAGGGUGGGGCGGUCUGCCGAACGCAUUACCGGGGGCAAACUACCCGCCCUCCAGGACACCUGCAGCACCCGAUGUCACAGGAAGGCCAAAAAGAUCAUAAAGGACAUCAACCAGCCGAGCCACUGCCUGUUCACCCCGCUAUUAUCCAGAAGGCGAGGUCAGUACAGGUUCAUCAAAGAUGGGACCGAGAAUGAAAAACAGCUUCUAUCUCAAGGCCAUCAGACUGUUAAAUAGCCAUCACUAGCACACUAGAGGCUGCUGCUGCCUAUUGAAAUCACUGGCCACAUUAAGAAAUUGAACACUUUAAUAAUGUUUACAUAUCUUGCAUUACUCAUCUCAUAUGUAUAUACUGUAUUCUAUAAUAUUCUACUGUAUCUUCGUCCAUGCCUCUCUGUCACUGCUUGUCCAUAUAUAUAUAUAUAUAUAUAUAUAUAUAUAUAUGUGUGUUCUUAAAUUCCAUUCCUUACUAGAUUUGUGUGUAUUGGGUAUAUGUUGUGAAAUUGUUAGAUAUUACUUGUUAGAUAUUACUGCACUGUCGGAGCUAGUAGUACAAGCCUUUCACUACACCCGCAAUAAAAUCUGCUAAACACCUGUAUGUGACAAAUACAAUUUGAUUCGAUUUUGUUUUAGUAAUCAAUAACCUGUGUGUUUGUAUUGUGUUAAUAUUUAGUUAGUUAGUAAAUAAAUAAUUAAGCCAAUUUGUGUAUUGCUGAUUCAUCAAUAAGGUUAGGGUUCUUGCAGGCUCAAGGAUUAUGCGACGUUCAAAAUGAGACUGAGGUAAUUAUUUAAUAAGUGACUGUUAUCGAUAUAUAACAUAUAUAUAUAUAUAUAUAUAUAUAUAUCUCUAUAUCUUCUAAGAGUUUAAUUCGGGAGAUGGUAACACGUUAAACAACUUCUUCCGUCAUGCCCCAAAUUCCUAAUGAGUUAAUUGUUACAUUAUUAAUUUAAUCGAGUGACAAUUAAACAUAGUUAGGUGAUUCGAUAAAUAACAGUCAUACAUUAAAGUAAGUCACAUCACGCCAGCUGUAACGUAACAAAAUGUGGAAAGUCAAGGGGUCUGAUUACUUUCCGAAUGCACUGUAUGUGUGUAUACAGUAGCCUACGUAGAUAUGCCAAGUGGCUUGUGGACUGUGAGUGGCAAAGAUAUUAAGGGUAUAGCAACCGUGUGUGUGUUCCACUCACUCAGUGGCAGGAUAACCGUGAAGCGCUGGAGUCAAGUGGUGAGAGAGUUAUAGAAGCUCUGAAGAAGGGAACCUCUAUCGCAGCUAACCCUGGGGAAACCCCACCCCCAGCCCCAGAUGUAGCCAAUCGCUGCUUCGUACAGCUCGCACACUCCUAUGAGGAGGAAUACGGAGGAUUCAGGGAUGCACCCAAGUUCCCCUCACCAGGUACAUCCGCACACAAGAGUCCUCCAGUUCUUUAUUUUUGUCUGUGCAUCUCUGUCUGUCUGACCGUUGCUCUCUCCUCUUUUUAUCUCACGGUCUCUUUCUCUCUCUUUCCCGCUUUCUUUCUGCCUCUCUCUCUCUCUCUCUCUCUCUCUCUCUCUCUCUCUCUCUCUCUCUCUCUCUCUCUCUCUCUCUCUCUCUCUCUCUCUCUGUGUAGUGAAUCUGAUGUUCCUUAUGUCGUUCUGGUCUGUGAACCGUUCGUCCACUGAGGGGGCCGAGGCACUCCAGAUGACUCUACACACGCUCCGCAUGAUGGCCCUGGGGGGCAUCCACGACCAUGUGGCACAGGUGCACACACUCAUUCACACUAACGCCACCUUACCAUCAUUCCUAGGACAUGCUACUCCAGUACACACAGCACACCACAACACAGUUGGCAUGAGCAAGAGUGUAACAUUUAUGUUGUAUUUCUCAUCUUUCUUCAUUCUCUCUCUGUCCCUCUAUCCCCCUUUCUCUCCCUAUUUUCCUCUCUCUCAGGGGUUCCAUCGUUACUCUACAGACUCAUCCUGGCAUGUUCCCCACUUUGAGAAAAUGCUUUAUGACCAGGCCCAGCUGGCUGUGGCCUACAUCAGCGCCUACCAGGUGUGUGUGUGCAUGCGUGUGUUUGUGUGCCAGCCACAUCGUUUAUCCCCUCUCUCUACCAUCAUAAUUUUCCCGCCCAAAAAGUGUUAGUCAGCAGAAUUCACCUAGAUAAAUAAUCUCUGUUAGGGGAUGUCACAUCAUGGGCAGGGUAUCUAUAGCAAUGCGAACCACCGCUGCAAAGUGUGUAAUAUUUUACCUCGAAAGCUGCAGCAGAAGCGAACUUCUUCGUCCGCGUGAGGCUACAAUAACUUGAAUUUCCCGGGGAAGCUGUGAAGUGAGCUGUAGCAUAUUGUGUGAUUAUGUUUAUGAGUCUAUGCAUAGCAAUUAGGGAUGCAUAUUUCGGUAAAUUUUGCUGCCGACUAACUUACCCUCAUUAACUGGUCAACAAACGGUAAAACAAAUGUCAAACAGUAAAAUGACGCAACCAACAGAAAAUACAAUGCAUGCAUACAAGGAAUGGACUUUUUUUAUUAAGAGCUUAAUGAAAACGUACAACAAUAGAAAGCCUAUCGUCUGACAGUCAAAAGGCUAUAGGCAAUUAUUGAACAUGCAACUUCUGUAAUGAAGCAGCUAAUAAAAUGUCAUUUUCAAACAUUUGCCAAAAUGCAAUUAGUGGAAAACACCUUUCUAAACAGCGCACCUAAUGCGAGCGGUUCCAUAUGUGACAAAGAAUAAAAUUGCUGUUAGAAACUUAGAAAGAGGUAGAAUCUAAUGGCAACAACUAGAACUUACAAUGGCUAGCCCCAAGUCGUUACAUGACUCCUGCGUGCUUUGUUGACUAUGAACUUGCUUGUUUACUGAACUGUGGGACAGACUAUGUUUGUUUCCACACUCAGGACUCUGACUCUCUAUUGGUUACACGGACACUUGGCCUCCCAUCGUAUUCUAACCACCCUUCGCCGGCUUUGUAUUCAUGUUACCUGAUGAAAUUGCUGCAUAAUAUGAUCUUGUUGCCAUCUGAUGCACACUCAAAUGUCAUAAAAAAGCAACACUGCAGAGCUCUCCCUGUUGUCUGCCGUGCCCUGAUUGUAUUACUGCUGAUGAUAUCUGGGAAUGUGCAUGUACACCCUGGCCCAUCUACUGUUGCUAGUCCCAAUUCUGACUUGUGCUCUGAUAUCUGUUUCACUGAUUUCAGCUCUCGUAAAAGCCUGGGUUUUCUGCACGUUAACACUAGAAGCUUAUUACCUAAAAUUGAUCAAUUGAAAGUGUGGGUUCAUAGCUCCAAUCCAGAUUUGUUGGUUAUUAUUGAGACGUGGUUAAGAAAGAGGUGUUUUGAACACUGAUGUUAACCUUUCUGGUUAUAGCCUUUUUCAGCAAGACAGAUCUUCCAAAGGUGGUGGAGUGGCAAUCUUUACCAAGGAACACCUUCCUUCAUGAGGGGGGCCUCUGUAAAUUGGUAUAGAAUCAGCUUGAUCCCCUCUGUCGAAGACGCUUGGACCUUCUUUUUGAUAUUUUCAGUGGUAUUGUUAACAAACACGGCACUAUAAAGAAAAUGAGAAUUAAAAACAGGUUCAGCCCCUGGCUUGACCGUGAUCUGGCAGAGUUACUCCACCUCAAGAAUUCCAUUUGGUGAAAGGCUCGGCACACGCAUACUCAGGAUGACUGGCUCUCGUUCAGGCAAAUGAGAAAUAAGUGCACUCAGGCUAUCCGGAAGGCCAAAGUCAGUUACUUUAAGGAGCAGUUCUCUCUCUGUGGGUCUAACCCCAAGAAGUUCUGGAAAACGGUUAAAGACCUGGAGAAUAAACCCUCCUCCUCACAGCUGCCCAUGUCCCUUAAUGUUGAUGAUGUGGUUGUUACUGACAAGGAGCGCAUGGCUGAGCUCUUUAAUCACCACUUCAUCAAGUCAGGUUUCCUAUUUGACUCAGCCAUACCUCCUUGCCCGUCCUCAUCUCCCAGCUCUUUUAAUGCGACUAGCCCCAAUGCUCCUCCCCCUUUUCCCCCUGCCCCGCUACAUAGUUUCUCCCUACAGGCGAUCACUGAGUCUGAGGUCUCCUUAAACUUGACCCCAAAAAAACAUCUGGGUCAAAUGGUUUAGAUCCUUUCUUCUUCUAGCCUGUCUCUCCUCUCUGGGGAGGUUCCCAUUGCUUGGGAGGCAGCCUCAGUGCGUCCUUUAUUUAAAGGGGUAGAUCAAGCUGAUCUUAACUGUUAUAGGCCAGUUUCUAUUUUGCCCUGUAUAUCAAAAGUGCUGGAAAACUUUGCAAUAAUCAACUGACUGGCUUUCUUGAUGUCUAUAGUAUUCUAUCUGGUGUGCAAUAUGGUUUCCGUUCAGGUUAUGGAUGUGGUGUGAUUACUACCUCUGAGGGUUUAGAGCUUGAGGUAGUCACCUCAUACAAGUACUUGGGAGUAUGGCUAGACGGUACACUGUCCUUCUCUCAGCACAUAUCAAAGCUGCAGGCUAAGGUUAAAUCUAGACUUGGUUUCCUCCAUCGUAAUCACUCCUCUUUCACCCCGGCUGCCAAACUAACCCUGCUUCAGAUGACCAUCCUACCCAUGAUAGAUUACAUAGACGUAAUUUAUAGAUCGGCAGGUAAGGUUGCUCUCGAGCGGCUAGAUGUUCUUUAUCAUUCGGCCAUCAGAUUUGCCACCAAUGCUCCUUAUAGGACACAUCACUGCACUCUAUACUCCUCUGUAAACUGGUCAUCUCUGUAUACCCAUUGCAAGACCCACUGGUUGAUGCUUAUUUAUAAAACUCUCUUAGGCCUCACUCCCCCCUAUCUGAGAUACCUACUGCAGCCCUCAUCCUCCACAUACAACACCCGUUCUGCCAGUCACAUUCUGUUAAAGGUCCCCAAAGCGCACACAUCCCUGGGUCGCUCCUCUUUUCAGUUCGCUGCAGCUAGAACCUGGAACGAGCUGCAAAAAACACUCAAACUGGACAGUUUUAUCUCCAUCUCUUCAUUCAAAGACUCAAUUAUGGACACUCUUACUGACAGUUGUGGCUGCUUCGCGUGAUGAAUUGUUGUCUCUACAUUCUUGCCUUUGUGCUGUUGUCUGUGCCCAAUAAUGUUUGUACCAUGUUUUGUGCUGCUACCAUGUUGUGCUGCUGCCAUGUUGUGUUGCUACCAUGUUGUUGUCAUGUGGUGUUGCUACCAUGCUGUGUUGUCAUGUGUUGCUGCCAUGCUAUGUUGUUGUCUUAGGUCUCUCUUUAUGUAGUGUUGCGGUGUCUCUCUUGUCGUGAUGUGUGUUUUGUCCUAUAUUUUAAUUUUUAAUCCCAGCCCCCGUCCCCGCAGGAGGCCUUUUGCCUUUUGGUAGGCCGUCAUUGUAAAUAGGAAUUUGUUCUUAACUGACUUGCCUAGUUAAAUAAAGGUUCAAUAAAAAAACGAUAAAAACAACAACUAGUAUGUGUUGCUAAUAUGACUAGGAUUGUGCCUUUGGCUUCUGGACAGCGAAAGAAAGUUAAUAUGAAAACCAAUAGAACAGGAGAGAAAUGCUGGUUAAUGGCUUGAGGAAGUCUUUUUUAAAUAAUUGCCUCCACAUUUCUAUGGUUGGAUUUGGAUAGGCUACUUUAAUUAUUUGAAGUAAAGUAAAACGUUCAGGUUUCAAACAAUUAUACUGCCUCAAGCUCACAUUGUAAAGUGGUGGGUGAUGCGCUGAUAGCCUGCCUACCAUUGACUAUAGCCUAUGCACUCGAAUGGCGAUUGAGAUUCACACUUUAAUUAUGAGUUAAGAUUGAGAAAUAAAAAUAGUAGCUCUUUUUAAUCGUGGCCAUCAAAACAGUUUUUAACACGCGAGUGCAUUUAGAAUUGUUAUUUGUUUGCGCAAUGACUGGGUUUAUAAAAGCACGUUUCACUCCAGGACCAACUUUUUGAGUAGGUUCUCUCGCGCUGUCUGACAGGUGAUGGGCCAUUCCCUUCCUCAAACUAGGCUCUGUAUGCUGUGCGCGUGUGAUAAAAAAGCUACACGACAACUAAUGAAAAAAUACACUCGCCAAUUUAAUUCCACGAAAUUAUGCUAAUUAACCUAUAGGCCAAUAAGCACGACCGGUCAAAUGUAUUUAAAGCGGCUAACCGUUAUCCCUAAUAGCAAUGUAUAGGACCAUAGAUGUGUCCCCUACUGUGUUGGUGGUACAGUAGAAGAAAUCAACACUGUAGUACAGUAGAAUACGCCAACAAGAGUGUCCUCUUCACUGAUGUAUUUUUCAUCUUAAAGAGGUAAAAGGAUUCACUGUAAAGCCAGCCUCGGCGCGUAAGAUAGGGAUAUAAAAAUAUGCCCCCCUAGACACAACUAUGACAAAACAACCAACAAAAACAGGUCACAACUGCUGCAGGUCUGUCGCACGCUGGGUCUUUACAUAAUCAAUGGUACAGUGGGGAGAACAAGUAUUUGAUACACUGUUGAUUUUGCAGGUUUUCCUACUUACAAAGCAUGUAGAGGUCUGUAAUUUUUUAUCAUAGGUACACUUCAACUGUGAGAGACGGAAUCUAAAACAAAAAUCCAGAAAAUCACAUUGUAUGAUUUUUAAGUAAUUAAUUUGCAUUUUAUUGCAUGACAAGUAUUUGAUACAUCAGAAAAGCAGAAUUUAAAAUUUGGUACAGAAACCUUUGUUUGCAAUUACAGAGAUCAUACGUUUCCUUUAGGUCUUGACCAGGUUUGCACACACUGCAGCAGGGAUUUUGGCCCACUCCUCCAUACAGACCUUCUCCAGAUCCUUCAGGUUUCAGGGCUGUCACUGGGCAAUACGGACUUUCAGCUCCCUCUAAAGAUUUUCUAUUGGGUUCAGGUCUGGAGACUGGCUAGGCCACUCCAGGACCUUGAGAUGCUUCUUACGGAGCCACUCCUUAGUUGCCCUGGCUGUGUGUUUUGGGUCGUUGUCAUGCUGGAAGACCCAGCCACGACCCAUCUUCAAUGCUCUUACUGAGGGAAGGAGGUUGUUGGCCAAGAUCUUGCGAUACAUGGCCCCAUCCAUCCUCCCCUCAAUACGGGGCAGUCAUCCUGUCCCCUUUGCAGAAAAGCAUCCCCAAAGAAUGAUGUUUCCACCUCCAUGCUUCACGGUUGGGAUGGUGUUCUUGGGGUUGUACUCAUCCUUCUUCUUCCUCCAAACAUGGCGAGUGGAGUUUAGACGAAAAAGCUAUAUUUUUGUCUCACCAGACCACAUGACCUUCUCCCAUUCCUCCUCUGGAUCAUCCAGAUGGUCAUUGGCAAACUUCAGACGGGCCUGGACAUGCGCUGGCUUGAGCAGGGGGACCUUGCGUGCACUGCAGGAUUUUAAUCCAUGACUGCGUAGUGUGUUACUAAUGGUUUUCUUUGAGACUGUGGUCCCAGCUCUCUUCGGGUCAUUGACCAGGUCCUGCCGUGUAGUUCUUGGCUGAUCCCUCACCUUCCUCAUGAUCAUUGAUGCCCCAAGAGGUGAGAUCUUGCAUGGAGCCCCAGACCGAGGGUGAUUGACCGUCAUCUUGAACUUCUUCCAUUUUCUAAUAAUUGCGCCAACAGUUGUUGCCUUCUCACCAAGCUGCUUGCCUAUUGUCCUGUAGCCCAUCCCAGCCUUGUGCAGGUCUACAAUUUUAUCCCUGAUGUCCUUACACAGCUCUCUGGUCUUGGCCAUUGUGGAGAGGUUGGAGUCUGUUUGAUUGAGUGUGUGGACAGGCGUCUUUUAUACAGGGAACGAGUUCAAACAGGUGCAGUUAAUACAGGUAAUGAGUGGAGAACAGGAGGGCUUCUUAAAGAAAAACUAACAGGUCUGUGAGAGCCGGAAUUCUUACUGGUUGGUAGGUGAUCAAAUACUUAUGUCAUACAAUAAAAUGCAAAUUAAUUACUUAAAAAUCAUACAAUUUAAUUUUCUGGAUUUUUGUUUUAGAUUCCGUCUCUCACAGUUGAAGUGUACAGUGGGGAAAAAAAGUAUUUAGUCAGCCACCAAUUGUGCAAGUUCUCCCACUUAAAAAAAUGAGAGAGGCCUGUAAUUUUCAUCAUAGGUACACGUCAACUAUGACAGAUAAAAUGCCUAUGAUAAAAAUUACAGACCUCUACAUGCUUUGUAAGUAGGAAAACAUGCAAAAUCGGCAGUGUAUCAAAUACUUGUUUUCCCCACUGUAGGUCCUAUAUUUGGGAGGUGUGCGAUCAAGUGCAAGAGGUUGUUUUUUUAAAGAGGGUGUCUACAGUGGUUGGCUCAGAAUACAGUUGAGUUAUCGUUGCUAUGUUGUUGUGGGUGCAGGUCUCAGGAGACUGGUGCAAUGUUGUUAAUUACAGUAGCCUAUGGUUGGUUGGUUGGGGUCCGGUUGUGUCACAGUUGCAGUGUGAUACAGUGGGGGGAAAAAAAGUAUUUAGUCAGCCACCAAUUGUGCAAGUUCUCCCACUUAAAAAGAUGAGAGAGGCCUGUAAUUUUCAUCAUAGGUACACAUCAACUAUGACAGACAAAUUGAGAAAAGAAAAUCCAGAAAAUCACAUUGUAGGAUUUUUAAUGAAUUUAUUUGCAAAUUAUGGUGGAAAAUAAGUAUUUGGUCACCUACAAACAAGCAAGAUUUCUGGCUCUCACAGACCUGUAACUUCUUCUUUAAGAGGCUCCUCUGUCCUCCACUCGUUACCUGUAUUAAUAGCACCUGUUUGAACUUGUUAUCAGUAUAAAAGACACCUGUCCACAACCUCAAACAGUCACACUCCAAACUCCACUAUGGCCAAGACCAAAGAGCUGUCAAAGGACACCAGAAACAAAAUUGUAGACCUGCACCAGGCUGGGAAGACUGAAUCGGCAAUAGGUAAGCAGCUUGGUUUGAAGAAAUCAACUGUGGGAGCAAUUAUUAGGAAAUGGAAGACAUACAAGACCACUGACAAUCUCCCUCGAUCUGGGGCUCCACGCAAGAUCUCACCCCGUGGGGUCAAAAUGAUCACAAGAACGGUGAGCAAAUCAUCCCAGAACCACACGGGGACCUAGUCAAUGACCUGCAGAGAGCUGGGACCAAAGUAACAAAGCCUACAAUCAGUAACACACUACGCCGCCAGGGACUCAAAUCCUGCAGUGCCAGACGUGUCCCCCCUGCUUAAGCCAGUACAUGUCCAGGCCCGUCUGAAGUUUGCUAGAGUGCAUUUGGAUGAUCCAGAAGAGGAUUGGGAGAAUGUCAUAUGGUCAGAUGAAACCAAAAUAGAACUUUUUGGUAAAAACUCAACUCGUCGUGUUUGGAGGACAAAGAAUGCUGAGUUGCAUCCAAAGAACACCAUACCUACUGUGAAGCAUGGAGGUGGAAACAUCAUGCUUUGGGGCUGUUUUUCUGCAAAGGGACCAGGACGACUGAUCCGUGUAAAGGAAAGAAUGAAUGGGGCCAUGUAUCGUUAGAUUUUGAGUGAAAACCUCCUUCCAUCAGCAAGGGCAUUGAAGAUGAAACAUGGCUGGGUCUUUCAGCAUGACAAUGAUCCCAAACACACCGCCCGGGCAACGAAGGAGUGGCUUCGUAAGAAGCAUUUCAAGGUCCUGGAGUGGCCUAGCCAGUCUCCAGAUCUCAACCCCAUAGAAAAUCUUUGGAGGGAGUUGAAAGUCCGUGUUGCCCAGCGACAGCCCCAAAACAUCACUGCUCUAGAGGAGAUCUGCAUGGAGGAAUGGGCCAAAAUACCAGCAACAGUGUGUGAAAACCUUGUGAAGACUUACAGAAAACGUUUGACCUGUGUCAUUGCCAACAAAGGGUAUAUAACAAAGUAUUGAGAAACUUUUGUUAUUGACCAAAUACCUAUUUUCCACCAUAAUUUGCAAAUAAAUUCAUUAAAAAUCCUACAAUGUGAUUUUCUGGAUUUUUUUUUCUCAUUUUGUCUGUCAUAGUUGACGUGUACCUAUGAUGAAAAUUACAGGCCUCUCUCAUCUUUUUAAGUGGGAGAACUUGCACAAUUGGUGGCUGAUUAAAUACUUUUUUUCCCCACUGUAUGUUGUCUUCCCUGGUUGUAGGCCUCAGGGGGACUUGUUGUAUAAAGGUUGCAUUAUGUUGUGUUCUGUGGGUACAGAUCUCAUGGGAAUGGUUGUGGUAUGCUUGUGUCAUGGUUGCAGUGUGAUUAUGUGAUAUGUUGUCUUGUGUGGGUGCAGGUGUCGGGGGAGCAAGUCUUUGCUGACGUGGCCCGGGAUAUUCUCCUCUACGUCUCCAGAGACCUCAGUGACAAGGUGAGACAUCUCCCUCCUACCUCAUUAACAUUUACAUUACAUUUUAGUCAUUUAGCAGAAGCUCUUAUCCAGAGCGACUUACAGUUAGUGAGUGCAUACAUUUUCAUACUGGCCCCCCAUAACACCUCUGUGUGUGUGUGUGCACAUGCGCUCAUGCAUGUGUGUGUGGGGGCGUGUGUGUGAGGGCCAGGUAUCGCACUCUUUUGAAAAAUGCCCCUGGAUUCCUAUCAAUGUCAACCCGUUUCUUCCUCUCCCUGCUCUCUGCCCAGGCAAGGCGGCGGCCAUCUUAGUUUGAUUAAUGUCUCGACAGCCCAGAACAGAGCACACAAUUAAAACCACACUCAUUGAGAUCUUUAUAUUCACCAAGAUUUCUUAUGCAGUUAUACGGUAAGGAAUUAUGCUAGGAAGGUAAUUUACCACGGAUACUGUUUCUUUUAUACGGCUGCCUCUGACAGGGCUUUCCCUCGAAAGCCCAGAGUCAUUAUCGCAGAGAGAAUACAGAGAAUGUGCAGACAAUGGACAAUUGAGUUGGCAUGAAUUUUCCUAGUUUCUAGUUAAUUUACCUACUGUUAUACAGAGAAGUUGCAUAUUAUCUACCUCUAAUCUCAUGUCCUGUGGGCAGUGGUGGGCACAAACAGCAGUUGAUGACUGAACCUUUGUUUUUUCAUACGAUUGUUAGGUAAUAGGUUAGGUAGUUUAGACAGCGCUACAGCUCGCUACCGCAUCCACACUCCAUUCCCCUAGGGGGCAGCAGCAACCUUGUCCAGAUGCUGAGCCUGGUUGAAAAGCACAUCAGGUGCUGCCAAUUAGGUUGGUCGUCGGUCCCAGCUUGCAAUCCGCGAGGCUGCUGGUUUUGUGUUUGGUGGCCAUGAGGCCUUUCGUUUGUUUUUGUCUUUAGUUUCGGCAUGCCUUUUGGUAUUUUCAUUUUUGGACAUAUUUAUGUUUCGCCACCAUCUGAACAAAUAAUAAUCAGUUUGGACUGGCCGACCAAGAGGUCAAGAGAGACAGAGCUGGCCCUGGACCAAGGUAAAGUUGCUGUCUCCUGGGUACAUGCAUUCAACACCUGGUCGCAUACGAUUACUUUUCACAUUAAUGCACACAUUUAUUCAGGUUACAGACCAUGUAACUGAGUGCAACAAUAUCCUUCGGCAAGUUCUUGGUUUCGUAAUCCAUUACAUCAACAAAACAAAAAAAAUUCAACCCAAAGAUCAUGACCGGAACAUUGGUUUAAGAUCCAUUACAUUUAUCAUACAGAAAAGUAUAUUAACACAUUGUUCUCCAAACACCCCUUCUCUCUCUCUUGGGAGUUUAGUCCGGGGGCUUCUACAGUGCUGAGGACGCAGACUCUCUCCCUGCUGCGGGGGGGAGUGAAAAGAGGGAGGGGGCGUUCUGUGUGUGGAUGGGGUCAGAGAUCAGAGAACUACUUCCUGUUGUGGUGGAGGGAGCAACAGGAGGCGCUACAGAGGCUGACAUCUUCAUGCACCACUACGGGGUCAAAGAACAAGGCAACGUGGACAUGGAACAGGUGUGUGUGUGCGCAAGCUUGUUCGUCCCCACGAUAGACCUUGUCCUAAGUAUCUUUUAAAUUAUCAUAAACAUUUAUCUUCUGUGUAUCUUCUGUAAUUAUCUUCUGUGUCUGUAAGGACCCUCAUGGGGAGCUGCAGGGCCAGAACGUGUUGAUCGUGCGUUACUCUGUGGAGCUUACAGCUGCACGCUUUGGCCUCAGUGUAGAGAAGGUUUCUGAGCUACUGGCCUCCGCUAGAGCCAAGCUGGCCGAAGUCAGGAAGAGUCGUCCGGCCCCUCACCUCGACACCAAGAUGCUGGCCUCCUGGAACGGUAAGGGUGCACGUGUAUACACACCCACCCACCCACCCACCCACCCACCCACCCACACGCACUGCCCCCAGGUCUCCAUCUGAUGCAGGAGUGUAUCAGUAUCUGCGAGGUAAUGAAGCUAGGCGAUUUCAGGAACCCUUCCAUUAAUUAGUCAAUCACUUCAUUAAUCAGCUGUCCCCCAGGGCAGGCAGCACUCUGCUGGGGCUUUGAUGACUGGGCUGCUCCCUACCAAUGCUUUGAUACUGACAUGAAAGAUGGAGGGAGGGAUAGAGGGAAGGAGAGAAGAGGAACCCAGCGACAAGGGGAACUUCAAAGCCUGGUAAUCACCAAGUUUCUACUGAACUGCCACCUCACAGUGUCACUGAGCUGCUCCAGAGAGAGAUAAUGAUACAGAGUUCCAGUAUGGGACAACAUCACAGAAUUCCAUUGAAACCAUGUUGCUGGCAGGUGCUUGAUAAUAUUUUGGGUUUGGCAUUAUGACAAUGGGUUUCAUAACCCCCCUCCCCCCUCCCUCUGCCCCCCUCCCUUUCUCUCGAUCUCUCUCCUCGCAUAUCUCUCUCUUUCUUGCUCUCUCUCUCCAGGUCUGAUGUUAUCAGGCUUUGCGCGUGUCGGUGCUGUGCUGGAUGACAAGGCUAUGCUGGAGAGAGCGGUGCAGGCCGCUCGCUUCCUAAAGGAGCACCUGUGGGACGUGGAACGACAGAUCAUGCUUCGCUCCUGUUACCGUGGAGACGAGAUGGAGGUGGAGCAGGGGUAAGAUGGGGGGAUAAUAAUGAGGAUGUUUAGUUAACAAAUCAUAACUUCAGUACUUCACAUCAAUGUGUGAUUUGCGCACAAGUUUCAGUUAUAUGCUCAUAUCUCAAGUGAGGAAUGGACUGAAUUGGGCGGGUAGGUGACAACACAUGAGGACCUCUCACCAACAUCAAUUUGACCCCAUGUUAUAUAAGUUUCACAAACUAACACACAAAUAAAAGAAAAUUGUAUUUGUCACAUGCUUCUUAAACAGCAGGUGUAGACUAACAGUGAAAUGCUUACUUACGGGCCCUUCCCAAAAGAAAUAAUAGAAAAAUAAUAACACAAGGAAUAAAUACACAAUGAGUAACAAUAACUUGGCUAUAUACACGGGGUACCAAUACCGAGUCAAUGUGCAGGGGUACGAGGUAAUUGAGGUAGAUACAGUGUAUGUACAUAUAGGUAGGGAUAAAGUGACUAAGUAACAGGAUACAUAAUAAACCCUAACAGCAGCGUAUGUGAUGAGUCAAGAGUUAAUGCAAAAAAAGGGUCAAUGCAGAUAGUCCUGGUAGCUAUUUGGUUAACUAUUUAACUAACUAUUUAGCAGUCUUAUGGCUUGGGGGUAGAAGCUGUUCAGGGUCCUGUUGGUUCUAGACUUGGUGCAUCAGUUCCGCAUGCCAUGCGGUAGCAGAGAGAACAGUCUAUGACUUGGGUGACUGGAGUCUUUGGCAAUUUUUAGGGCCUUCCUCUGACACCGCCUGGUAUAGAGGUCCUAAAUGGCAGGGAGCUCAGCCCCAGUGAUGUACUGGGCCGUACGCACUACCCUCUGUACCGCCUUGCGGUUGGAUGCCAAGCAGUUUCCUGUAGUCCAAGAUCUGCUCCUUUGUCUUGCUGAUGUUGAGGGAGAGGUUGUUGUCCUGGCACCACACUCAUUGUCAUCGGUGAUCAGGCCUACCUCCGUUGUGUCGUCAGCAAACUUAAUGAUGGUGUUUGAGGCGUGUGCGGCCACACAGUCGUGGGUGAUCAGGCAAUACAGGAGGGGACUAAACACGCACGCUUGAGGGGCCCCCGUGUUGAGGGUCAGCAUAGUAGAUGUGUUGCUGCCUACCCUCACCACCUCGACGCGAGCAUAGAAGGUAUUUAGCUUGUCUGGUAGGCUCACGUCACUGGACAGCUCGCGGCUGGGUUUCCCUCUGUAACUGUGGGGACGACGUCGUCGAUGCACUUAUUAAUAAAGCCUGAUGUGGUGAACUCCUCAAUGCCAUCGGAUGAAUCCCGGAACAUAUUCCAGUCUGUACUAGCGAAACAGUCCUGUAGCUUGUCAUAGAGGUGGAUAUUGUAUUAUGUCCUUGAUAAUGUCCUUGAAGGCUCUGGAUCCGCCAUACACACUGGCUGGUAGGUGGGGGACUAACACACGGUUGAUCCAGGUGUUGUGGUUAUGUUCCUGCCCCAGAUGCCAUGAGUGAGCGAAUGUGUUCGCAAACCGUGUGUAGUGCCCUAUGAAAUCCGUAUUUAUUUUUUGCCUGGUUCCGUUUAGUUUUUUCCCAAAUUCCAUUUUCUCGGUUUAGUUUUUUCCAGGUUUCAGAUUUCCCCAGCUUUUUCACCUUUAUAAAUAGAAAAACAAGUAAAUUGGAUGUUCAAAGUAUUUGAACCACAUCAGGAGACUACUUUUGAAGUCUGGCAAAAUUUUGGUUUUGGAGUGCAGUUAACCUUUAAUUUAAGUGUGCACUAGAGUGCUGCACGGACAUGAAUUUUAAGCCCGAACCUCACCCAUGCCCGCGAGGUUCAGACCCUACCCAGGCCUGAUUGCUUCUGCCAAAUUUAAGGCCCAACCAAAAAUCAGAAAUAACUUCCUUCUUUAGUAAAAACAUUAGCUGCUUCUCUCUGUGUGUCACCCGCUCCCGACGUGCAGCUCGCUCAUGGCCCUUUGAGUCUAUAAGUAUCCAUAGCAAUGGCACCGCUUGGGCUGCUCUGCUCAAUGAAGAGACAUGAGAGAGCAGUUAGCUGUUAGCUACUUUUCGUCACUCAGACAUAACUCAAGGAACAUUAUUUUCUGUGAAAUAAUCUCUCCUGUCUUAUAUUUGACGAGGUUGAAGCACUUAUGAUCUUAGUCAGAUAUGACUGUACUGCGCAGCAGAGAAUGGCUCAGCUUCAAAAUGUUAGUGACCAAUUUAGUGAUACCCGAGCCCUGCCGGUACCCUAGUUAUUGAUGGCAGGCCCUACCCAGCCCUAACCCGAUGUGCAGUUGGCUUUUCAGAAAGUUGCAUGGAAUCCUAAUCACUAAUGCAUUUAGUUAAUGUCUUAUGAUAAACCUGGGCAAAUUAAUUAAUUUUCAACAUUUAGUUGAUUUCCUACUAAUUUCAAUACAUUUUAGAUAUUGUUGAAUUCCGUUUUAAUGUCUGGAUUCCAUGUUUCCGUCCGCAUUCUCCGCAACAUAGAUUUUAUAGGGCCCUAAAUGUGGAAAUGCCACUGAAUCUGCAGAAAACCACACCAGGAACCCGCACACAUGCGUGAACACAUGCAUACACACUCACACACACUGGCCUGGUUCCAGUGGUCCUGUCUCAUUCGUACUAGUCAUUAGGGAUGUAACGAUUCAUCGAUACGCCAUCGUUCCCCGGCUCAAAUGUUUAAGAUAUUAAUGCAUAUGUCCACGGGACCCCAAACGUAUCCAAAUGUAUCAUGCAUCGGUCAGGAAAUUGAAUCAAACGUUACGAAUCACCGGUUCACAAUUUUUUGGAUGUUGCACAAAUUACUUUCUCUCUACUAUCUGAAAAUACCUAAUCUUUUGUGACUUCACAUUUUGCGUGCCGAACAACCCCAGGCAAUAUCAGUAGACUAGUCAAACUGUGGGCUGUACUCAGCUUCGCACGUUGACCAACGAGAGGUAGGCCUAUUCCUGAUCUGGUACAUCUGCGUGUCACAUUCAGCAUUUAAAUGUUUGUAAAAUUGCUUGCGCAAUAUUGGGCUUUAUUAUUUGAGUGACAACCUAUGUAAUUUGCUAGGUUACUUUUAUAAAAUGCCUGACAUCCCGCCGGAGACACAACUCUCAUCUGGCUAUACAUGCCGAUCGGGGCUUAGCCUACAUUCACUUAUUUUUUGUUGUUGUUGCUUGAAACAAUCAGUAUAUAUGGUCAUUUUUAGAUAUACAGUUGAAGUCAGAAGUUUACAUACACCUUAGCCAAAUACAUUUAAACUCUGUUUUUCACAAUUCCUGACAUUUAAUCCUAGUAAAAAUUCCCUGUUUUAGGUCAGUUAGGAUCACCACUUUAUUUUAAGAAUGUGAAAUGUCAGAAUAAUAGUAGAGAGAAUUAUUUCUUUCAGCUUUUAUUUCUUUCAUCACAUUCCCAGUGGGUCAGAAGUUUACAUACACUCAAUUAGUAUUUGGUAGCAUUGCCUUUAAAUUGUUUAACUUGGGUCAAACGUUUUGGGUAGUCUUCCACAAGCUUCCCACAAUAAGUUGGGUGAAUUUUGGCCCAUUCCUUCUGACAGAGCUGGUGUAACUGAGUCAGGUUUGUAGGCCUCCUUGCUUGCACACACUUUUUCAGUUCUGCCCACACAUUUUCUAUAGGAUUGAGGUCAGGGCUUUGUGAUGGCCACUCCAAUACCUUGACUUUGUUGUCCUUAAGCCAUUUUGCCACAACUUUGGAAGUAUGCUUGGGUUCAUUGUCCAUUUGGAAGAUCCAUUUGCGACCAAGCUUUAACUUCCUGACUGAUGUCUUCAGAUGUUGCUUCAAUAUAUCCACAUAAUUUUCCUUCCUCAUGAUGCCAUGUAUUUUGUGAAGUGCACCAGUCCCUCCUGCAGCAAAGCACCCCCACAGCAUGAUGCUGCCACCCUCAUGCUUCACGGUUGCGAUGGUGUUCUUCGGCUUGCAAGCCUUCCCCUUUUUCCUCCAAACAUAACGAUAGUCAUCAUGGCCAAACAGUUCUUUUUUUGUUUAAUCAGACCAGAAGCUGUUGAAAGGCACAGUCAACUUAGUGUAUGUAAACUUCUGUCCCACUGGAAUUGUGAUACAGUGAAUUGUAAGUGAAAUAAUCUGUCUGUAAACAAUUGUUGGAAAAAUUACUUGUGUCAUGCACAAAGUAGAUGUCCUAACCGACUUGCCAAAAGCCAAAACUAUAGUUUGUUAACAAGACAUUUGUGGAGUGGUUGAAAAACAAGUUUUAAUGACUCCAACCUCAGUGUAUGUAAACUUCCGACUUCAACUGUAUAGGGUAAAGUAGAUAACUUCAUAACAAGGACAGCAAUCACUUUUGCUACCCGCACUGCAUGGUCGAAGUGGGAGAAGAAGAGAAGCUCAUUCCCAGGGUCAGUCAAAACUUCCAAACGGUCUAAACCAUUCAAUUAUUAGACGGGGGUGAAAUCCAAAGUAGCGCUAUACAGUUGAAGUCGGAGGUUUACAUACACUUAGGUUGGAGUCAUUAAAACUCGUUUUUCAACCACUCCACACAUUUCUGGUUAACAAACUAUAGUUUUGACAAGUCGGUUAGGACAUCUACUUUGUGCAUGACACAAGUAAUUUUUCCAACAAUUGUUUACAGACAGAUUACAGUGAGGGAAAAAAGUAUUUGAUCCCCUGCUGAUUUUGUAUGUUUUCCCACUGACAAAGACAUGAUCAGUCUAUACUUUUAAUGGUAGGUUUAUUUGAACAGUGAGAGACAGAAUAACAACAACAAAAAAUCCAGAAAAACGCAUGUCAAAAAUGUUAUAAAUUGAUUUGUAUUUUAAUGAGGGAAAUAAGUAUUUGACCCCUCUGCAAAACAUGACUUAGUACUUGGUGGCAAAACCAUUGUCGGCAAUCACAGAGGUCAGACGUUUCUUGUAGUUGGCCACCAGGUUUGCACACAUCUCAGGAGGGAUUUUGUUUCACUCCUCUUUGCAGAUCUUCUCCAAGUCAUUAAGGUUUCGAGGCUGACGUUUGGCAAUUUGAACCUUCAGCUCCCUCCACAGAUUUCCUAUGGGAUUAAGGUCUGGAGACUGGCUAGGCUACUCCAGGACCUUAAUGUGCUUCUUCUUGAGCCACUCCUUUGUUGCCUUGGCCGUGUACUUUGGGUCAUUGUCAUGCUGAAAUACCCAUCCAUGACCCAUUUUCAAUGCCCUGGCUGAGGGAAGGAGGUUCUCACCCAAGAUUUGACGGUACAUGGCCCCGUCCAUCGUCCCUUUGAUGCGGUGAAGUUGUCCUGUCCCCUUAGCAGAAAAACACCCCCAAAGCAUAAUGUUUCCACCUCCAUGUUUGACGGUGGGGAUGGUGUUCUUGGGGUCAUAGGCAGCAUUCCUCCUCCUCCAAACACGGCGAGUUGAGUUGAUGCCAAAGAGCUCGAUUUUGGUCUCAUCUGACCACAACACUUUCACCCAGUUCUCCUCUGAAUCCUUCAGAUGUUCAUUGGAAAACUUCAGACAGGCCUUUAUAUGUGCUUUCUUGAGCAGGGGGACCUUGCGGGCGCUGCAGGAUUUCAGUCCUUCACGGCGUAGUGUGUUACCAAUUGUUUUCUUGAUGACUAUGGUCCCAGCUGCAUUGAGAUCAUUGACAAGAUCCUCCCGUGUAGUUCUGGGCUGAUUCCUCACCGUUUUCAUGAUCAUUGCAACUCCACGAGGUGAGAUCUUGCAUGAAGCCCCAGGCCGAGGGAGAUUGACAGUUAUUUUGUGUUUCUAUCAUUUGCGAAUAAUCACACCAACUGUUGUCACCUUCUCACCAAGCUGCUUGGCGAUGGUCUUGUAGCCCAUUCCAGCCUUGUAGCCCAUUCCAAUCUUGUCCCUGACAUCCUUGGAGAGCUCUUUGGUCUUGGCCAUGGUGGAGAGUUUGGAAUCUGAUUGAUUGAUUGCUUCUGUGGACAGGUGUCUUUUAUACAGGUAACAAGCUGAGAUUAGGAGCACUCCCUUUAAGAGUGUGCUCCUAAUCUCAGCUCGUUACCUGUAUAAAAGACACCUGGGAGCCAGAAAUCUUUCUGAUUGAGAGGGGGUCAAAUACUUUUUUCCCUCAUUUAAAAUGCAAAUCAAUUUAUAACAUUUUUGACAUGCGUUUUUCUGGAUUUUUUUGUUGUUAUUCUGUAUCUCACUGUUCAAAUAAAUCUACCAUUAAAAUUAUAGACUGAUCAUUUCUUUGUCAGUGGGCAAACGUAAAAAAUCAGCAGGGGAUCAAAUACUUUUGGAAAAAAAAACAGCUUGGAAAAUUCCAGAAAAUGAUGUCAUGGCUUUAGAAGCUUCUGAUAGGCUAAUUGACAUAAUUUGAGUCAAUUGGAGGUGUACCUGUGGAUGUAUUUCAAUGCCUACCUUCACACUCAGUGCCUCUUUGCUUGACAUCAUGGGAAAAUCAAAAGAAAUCAGCCAAGACCUCAGAAAAAAAAUGUGUAGACCUCCACAAGUCUGGCUCAUCCUUGGGAGCAAUUUCCAAACGCCUGAAGGUACUACGUUCAUCUGUACAAACAAUAGUACGAAAGUAUAAACACCAUGGGACCACGCAGCCAUCAUACCGCUCAGGAAGGAGACGCGUUCUGUCUCUUAGAGAUGAACGUACUUUAGUGCGAAAAGUGCAAAUCAAUCCCAGAACAACAGCAAAGGACCUUGUGAAGAUGCUGGAGGAAGCAGGUGCAAAAGUAUCUAUAUCCACAGUAAAACUAGUCCUAUAUCGACAUAACUCCUGAGUGGCGCAGUGGUCUAAGGCACUGCAUCGCAGUGCUAACUGUGCCACUAGAGAUCCUGGUUCGAAUCCAGGCUCGGUCGCAGCCGGCCGCGACCGGGAGACUCAUGGGCGGCGCACAAUUGGCCCAGCGUCGUCCAGGGUAGGGGAGGGAAUGGCCGGCAGGGAUGUAGCUCAGUUGAUAGAGCAUGGCAUUUGCAAUGCCAGGGUUGUGGGUUCGAUUCCCACGGGGGGCCAGUAUAAAAAAAAUAUGUAUUCACUAACUGUAAGUCGCUCUGGAUAAGAGCGUCUGCUAAAUGACUAAAAUGUAAAUGUAAAAUAACCUGAAAGGCCGCUCAGCAAGGAAGAAGCCACUGCUCCAAAACUGCCAUAAAAAAGACAGACUACGGUUUGCACAUGGGGACCAAGAUCGUACUUUUUGGAGAAAUGUCCUCUGGUCUGAUGAAACAAAAAUAGAACUGUUUGGCCAUAAUGACCGUCGUUAUGUUUGGAGGAAAAAGGGGGGCUGAAGGGAAUUGGCUGAAGGGAUGGCUAGGACAGUAUAGAAUUGGGUUAAUAGAACUAGAGGUGUUGUGGUGCUGUAUUGCCUCACAGUAUGAUGCAGUUGUUACUAGGGAGAGAACUGGCCGUGAGGAAGACUGUGGUUUAGAACAAGUUGUGAGAGAGGAAGUUGUGCAACACUGAUUAAGGCAGUUUUUCUAAACUUUGGUCCUCGUAUCAUGUACCCCUAAAAUUGUAAAUUUUUGGUCUAGCCCUGCAAAAACACAGCUGAGUCAGCUAAUCAAGGACUCUUUUCCUCUCUCUCUCUUUCUCCCUCCAUUCUCUUAUUUUCAGUUAUUAUUGAACCCAAAUCCUCAACAAAUACUGGAAUGCCAUCAAAGUAAACAUCCUACCCCAAACUCUAUUUACUGAGCUCAGAUGGGAAAUACACUAUCAGAGAGCUUUUCUCCCUUGUGACAUUGUUCUAAAGAAAGUGCUCUGGGUUUGAAUUGUCUGCUGCUAGGAAGGCACAAUGACUGUAUGUGACCUAGAGAAGAGUCUCUUCUGAGAACAGUAAACACAUUAAAGUGAAUUCUCAGUUUUAAAUCAUAAAAAGAGUGUGUGCGCUCAUAUAGUAUGGAAGUGAGUCAUCAAACCAAAUACAUACUCAGGGUCAUGUGUAUGCAUGUGUACGUGCGCCUGUGUGUGUGUGUGUGUGUGUGAAGGCCUCUUCAGGCUGAAAGGUUUUCCAUCUGAUUGACUGGAGCUAGAUGACGUGUGGGUUUCCCCAACAGUUCUUCUGGCUGACACACAGGGGUGAGAGCAGAGACCAUCUCUCUCCACAUCACCUGUCUCCUUUUUCAUAAAUCCCUCUCUCUCACCCCAUUAAUGUCAUAAUCUCUCCAUCGCUUGUCCUUCUUCCUCUUCCUCUAUCUACCUUACCUUCAAACUUGGAAUAAAUGACAGUCUGUUGUUACGGGUGCAUCCCAAAUGGCACCCUAUUCCCUAAGGGCUCUGGUCAAAAGUAGUGCACUACAUAGAAAAUAAGGGGCCAUUUGGGAUGUUGGUGUGAGUCUCCUAAAUUCCUCUCACCCCUCUCCUCAACCUGGGAAGUCCUGUUAGGUGAAGUGUUGGCUGACUCAUGGAAAGAUGGAUAUGCCCGCUCCACCGCCCACCUCACCCAUCCACAUUCCCUAGACACAGGGCUAUCUGCUCUCCUGUCACCGUUUGUCCCCCACACUCACCUUGUCGGGGGUGCCACCCUACGAGACAGGCUGGGAACCUAGGGGACGGGCGGGCGGGGUGGGGGGUGGGUGGAAGGUUACGGGGUGGAGGAUGGAGGGCAGGGCAGGUGGGGGUGUUUGAGGGACUCACAGGAGCCUAGGAAAGAUAGUUCUGGAAGAGGGGUAUAGUUGAAUAAAGACUUUCUGUGGGUACUGGGGUUGAAAUACAAGAUGGUAACAGCCAGUGUAAAAAUGUAUUAUUUCUGACACACACAGACAUUUGUUAUACAGUUUAUAAACAGUAUUUCCAUACAACUAAUAAUUGAUUUAUCAAUCAUUUCUUGAUUCAUCAAUAAAUCCUUGAUUCAUAUCUCUCCUUUUGUCUCUCAGCGCGUCACCCAUUGCUGGUUUCCUAGACGACUAUGCGUACGUUAUCUGUGGUCUGCUGGACCUGUAUGAGGCCACGCUGCAGCCAGAGUGGCUUCGCUGGGGGGAGGAGCUACAGGACAGACAGGACCUCCUCUUCUGGGAUGCAGAGGGAGGGGGCUACUACUGCAGUGACCCCACAGACCCCACCGUACUGCUACGACUCAAGCAGGGUGAGUCUCUCUCAAUAAUGUUGGGUAGAAAAGUCAUGAGGAAUGGCUCUUCGAUAUCACUUUAACUGUGAUUUAUCAAUACCCACUCAAUAUGUCAUGUUUGCCAGGAGACUGGUGUUUUUCUGUCCUGGAGAAAAAAAUAUGUUUGUGUAAAAGCGCCAGGUCUAAUGUUCUGAAUGCCACAGCUCCAUGUUUUAUAUCCAGUAAUUGGAUAGAUGUGCACACAUAGCUUUAUGUUCAUGACAUUUCAGGACUUUUUGGGGAGUACACAUUUUUGACCAUUAAAAUGCUAUUUACCCUAACCCUAACCUUAACCCCAAAAACCCUAGCCCUAACCUUAACGCCAAAACUCUAAACCUAACCCUUAAGCUUAAAAUAGCAUUUGAACAAAUUCAGGACAUGAAAAGGUUCUAGUUUUCCUACCUUGUCAGGACAUUCAGGUGAAUUGUUAGGACAUUUAGGUCCUUAUAAGGUAGGAAAACAAGUACACAUGCACACAAGCAGACAGACCGACAAUAGCACAAACACUAGCACAAACAAACACACUGCCUUGCCUCUUGACUAAUGGCACUGUGCAAAUGGCUCUGACAAGAGUUGGAUACCAAGGUAGAAAAAAAAGGAAAAUGGAAAGAUAAAAAAGCGAAAAAUAUAAUAAUUAUUCUUGUUUUAGCCUGUUGACAGAUUAAAACUGACUUGUGUUUGUGUGUGUGUGCGACUGCACAUUUUUUGUGUGUGUGUGUGUGUGUGUGUGUGUGUGUGUGUGCGCCCGUGCCUGUGUGUGUGAUUAGACGUGACAUGCGAGGCCUUUCUCAUCUCUGAGCAUUGACGGGACCAUUAUGUUGCUCGCAAUGCGUUGAAUUCAGCUCCAUUAGUGACGCUACGUCGCUGUGUGUGUGUGUGUGUGAGUUUCUGUCACAGGAAGAUGGAUUGCCCUACAGUCCAGUGGCACUCUGUAUUUUACAUCCUGACCCAAAGCUGUGUGUGUCUCACCCCGUUCCACCCCUCUCUGCCGUGUGUGUGUUUUUCAUGGCAAUCCACUGUUACUUGUGUGUAUGAUUUCUGCCAUGGGGCACAGGGUGAGGAGAGAUAUGAAAAACGAUUUAGUGGACCCUAUAUCCCCCCAUGUGGUUAUGCAUGACUGUGUGUGCAUAGGCCUCCUGCUUGGGGCUCACAGUAUGAAAUGAAAUGUAUAAAAUUAUUUAGUGGACUAUAGCCUCUCGCAUGUGUUGGUGCACGUGUUCCCUUGUGUGUGUGUAUGUUUGUCUGUCUGAAUCAAAAGCGGAUGGCUUGUGUCAGUCAUCACCAUCACCAUAAUAUUGCAUUAUUGUCGAUACGAUAUGUCAUCAAAAAUAAUAUCCCGAUAUGUAACUAUCAAUUUUUUUUAUUACCCCCCCCCCCCCAUCACUAAUGAGAAGAGCAGCGCUGUAAUCUCAUUGGCCGCCAAAAGGAGAUAAACACCAAUCACUUAACAGGACUGAGUCAUGAGGGCACCUGUCAGUCACUUCAUAUCAACUCACACGUCACGUCUGACACACAUGCGCGCACACACACACACGCACGCACACAUACAGGCACAUCCACACACUCAGGCAUAAUCAGAACAAAUGUUUUCCCGAGCAAAUUUAUGUAGAUUAGCAUUUAAUCUUACUGCAAGAGUCACUUGUCAAAGAUAUUUCAUUUGAAAAGUUGAAGUUGGCUCUGAGUCUGAAUACAAAACAGUAUACACUUUUUGAUCUUUCACUAACAUGAAAUGACUGUCUUUAUGUCUCUGUUUCUCUCAGACCAGGACGGUGCAGAGCCCAGUGCUAACUCUGUGUCUGCCUUGAACCUGCUGCGUCUGUCCCACUACAGUGGUCGUAAGGACUGGUCACAGCGGUCACAACAGCUACUGGCUGCCUUUUCUGACCGGCUGACCAGAGUCCCCAUAGCCCUGCCAGAGAUGGUCAGGGGCCUGAUGGCUAACCACUACACACUCAAACAGGUAACACACAUGUACGGUCCACCCAAACACACACACACAAACUCAAAGUUGUAUAGUUUGGAGUGGAACAAACUAAACUUUUAUCCUACGGCUGGAUAUUUGUGCUAAAAAAGGAGAGGAAAAAACAUUUACAGAGAGAAAGAAAAAAGGCAAGAACAUUGGAAGUGUUCUGUCCAUCAUAUUUCACCUGCGGAGGAGAAGUCAUCGAGGGGGCGGAGAUAACAAGCUGUGUGUGUGUGUGUGUGUGUGUGUGUGUGUGUGUGUGUGUGUGUGUGUGUGUGUGUGUGUGUGUGUGUGUGUGUGUGUGUGUGUGUGUAAGUCAGAUAGGGGGCGGAUGAUAACAAGCUAGGGAUCAGACAAGGUUAGCCGAGCCCAGAACACACCUUCUCCUCUCUCGUUACUGCUACAACCACCACUGACCUCUCUAGCUCUACCUCUCUCUGGAUCCUUCUCUCUUUUUCUCACUGUUUUUCUCUCUCUCUUUCUCGCUCUGUUUCUCUCUAUCUCUUCUAUUCUCUAUUCCUCUCUUUCCUAAACCUCUUUAUUGCUCUCUCGCUCAGUCUUUCUUCUCUGUCUUAGUAUAUUUUCCGCAUCAUUCAUUAAUUCAUUCUCCCUUUAAUGUUCUUUCACUUCUCUCUUCUCUUCCACCUUGCUCUCUCUCUCUCUCUCUCUCUCUAGAUAGUCAUCUGUGGCCAGAGGGAUGCCCUGGACACCUCCAGUCUGCUAGCAACAGUCAACUCUCUGUUCCUUCCACACAAGGUAUGACUAAAAUGUAAAGGUACGAAUUAAGGGCUCAAUCCAUCCUUAGGCAGUUUGAAGCAGCAAUCCACCAGUACAGUACAUCCUGACCAACCCGUCUUAAUGAGUUAUUACAAGUUAGUUAUUACUUAUUCUAAAUUACUUAUAAUUACACACUCCCUCGGGCCUUAUUGCUUAUUUAAAUGAUUUCUGAGUUAUUUGGGAGUGACACAUCCUCUUGUCCUUAAGUUUGUCUCAUAAUGAGUGUUACAGCAAUCAUACCAAAAGGUCAGGUUGUCAAAUUCAUCUCACACAUACACACACACUUUCAUACUCACACACAGUCUCUCUCACACACACACACACACACACACACACACACACACACACAGCAGGGCUGGUUGUGACAGUGCCUGGGGUGUUGGCUAACAUCGUGUUGUUUAAAUGUCAGGCACAGUGGCCUUGCUGUAUCGCGAGUGAUUAAGGCCUAAAAUAAUCCAAAUUAAGCUACUGAUUUAGAGAAUGACCGAUAUUGGUUUUUAAUGGCCGAUACCAAUUAUUUUAGGUCAAAGAGGCCUAUAUUUUAUGCCAAUAAUAAAUAUAAUUAAAUUUGAACAUUUUGAUGAGACAUUUUCUCAGAGACAACCAUGUAUUCAAUAACAAAUACAUUAUACAACCAUACAAUCAAUUUGACUUAGUUUUUAACAAUUUAACUACAUAACAACAUAAUGGUUAUCAUUAUUUGAAUGGUGCAAGUGCUGGUUCGGGUUUAUUGUUUUAUUUGUUUAUUUUAAUUUUUAAAAGUGUCACGUGUACAUGUGACACUUACAUGUCGCGUGUAAGUUGUACGUUUAUUAUUAUAGAUCUCACCAUGAACGCCCUACAGACUUCUACAUGUACAUUCUGGAUUUUUUGUAUUUAUUGGCAGAGUAAUCUAAUCAAUUAAAUUUGUGUCGAUUUAGCUAAAAUAGGCCUAUCACCUCUAUAAAAAAAGAUUAGGCUAGUUGAUUUGCAGCCAGCCACCAUUAGGCUACUGUGUAGAUGAACACUACCGGUCAAAAGUUUUAGAACACCUCCUCAUUCAAGGGUUUUUCUUGAUUUUUACUAUUUUCUACAUUGUAGAAUAAUAGUGAAGACAUCAAAACUAUGAAAUUACACAUAUGGAAUCAUGUAGUAACCAAAGAAGUGUUGAACAAAUCUAAAUAUAUUUUAUAUUUGAGGUUCAAAUAGCCACCCUUUGCCUUGAUGACAGCUUUGCACAUUCUUGGCAUUCUCUCAGCUAGCUUCACCUGGAAUGCUUUUCCAACAGUCUUGAAGGAGUUCCCACAUAUGCUGAGCACUUGUUGGCUGCUUUUCCUUCACUCUGCGGUCCGACUCAUCCCAAACCAUCUCAGUUUGGUUGUGGUCGGGGGAUUGUGGAGGCCAGGUCAUCUGAUGCAGCACUCCGUCACUCUCCUUCUUGGUAAAAUAGCCCUUACACCGCCUGGAGGUGGGUUGGGUCAUUGUCCUGUUGAAAAACAAAUGAUAGUCCCACUUAGGCCAAACCAGAUGGGAUGGCGUAUCGCUGCAGAAUAAAUCACAGACAGUGUCACCAGCAAAGCACCCCCACACCAUAACACCUCCUCCUCCGGGAAAUACACAUGCGGAGAUCAUCCGUUUACCCACACCGCGUCUCACAAAAGUUUACCCACACCGCGUCUCACAAAAGUGACUGAAAGUCCCUCCAGUCAUUGUGCUAAGGCUAGUUAGCAUUGGCUCGUGAAACUACCUCUAACUUCCUUCAUACUAGACACAGAGACAUAAAAAUGGUAUCCACCAGUUCAUCUGACUCUGGGGAAGUAAAUUAAGGGCAUCAUUGCCAAAAUCCAGAAGUAUCUCUUUAAUGUAUCAAUUGCCCGUUACAUAGCCUGAUCAUUUAUAUCCAGUGCUUGACUUGGGCAGGUCGUCACCUGAGCUGAGUAGCCUACCAGCACCUCAAAUCUUCUACUGAGCUCCUGUUUUUUUGGCAAUGUCUUCAUUGUCUUUUCUGGUUCCUCUGUCCUGUCAAUGCUGAGUGAUCACGCAUCCUCAGCACGGAAAUAUAAUAAGGCUAAUUUGCCUAAACGCAAAUGUAUGCCAGACCUAUAAAAGUGGGGAUGUUUGAUAGCUGAGUAUUUCUUGUUGGCUUAACACACCACUACCAAUGAGCAAAUCUUUUAGCCUACCUCUUAGAACCACAGUCCUGCUCAGCGGUGGUGGCAGGAAUUUUUCACUGGGGUAGCUGUUGGGUAACCUGGCCAUUGCAUAGGGGUAGAGGGCUGCAUUACCGCUGGACCCAGGGGCUCUGACAGAGAUCAUUGCGGCACAGUCUGCAUUUUUCAUGCUGCGGGCGGUCAGGCAGAUUUUAAAAAUGUGUGUUUGUGUGUUGUGUGCCGAAAGGAGGCUGCCUGCGCACUGUGAAGGUGUGUGCGAGGCGAGCAGAUUUAUAAUAAUAAGGCUUUAAUUAUAUAGGCUAUAUAAUAAAGCCAUUUAAACUCGUUUUCGUUAGAAUGGGAAUUUUUGGAGACUGAGUUAAUUUCACACUGCUCUACAAAGCAACAAAGGCUAAUGAAAGCGCAUAUGCCUAUAGGUUUGCUGCAUGCAAAGAUCUAGACCAAUUUAACCUUUAUUUUUAUAUUUAACCAGCUUAAUUAUUUUUUAUUUAACCAGGAAUUUCACCUUUAUUACACCAGAUCGGUCUAAUUGAGAUGAAAAUUGAAUAAUAACUUAUUCAAUCGUUUUUCUCGUUAAAACAGACUGAGCAAAACAUUUAAUCUCAUGCAAACAACCUAUAGCCUGAAGAUCUAAACGACAGGAAGGUUUUUGCCACACGCAGGCUACAAACACAAUGUCUCUUGUUUAAAUAAACCAAGCCUCUCCAACCCUGUUCCUGUAGGUUUUUGUUUUAACCCUAGUUGUAACUAACCUGAUUCAGCUUGUCAACCAGCUAAUUAUUAGAAUUAGGUGCUCUAGAUUAGGGUUGGAACAAAAACCUACAGGACGCUCCCCAGGAACAGGGUUGUAGAGCCCUGCUUAAACUAUAUUUGUUCUUUCCAUGAUAUUGUAAAACUUUGUUCGUUUAAACAGUACAAAACAAUUGCUCUCAAACAACAGCUAGAGAGAGGGGGAAGAGAUAGGUGAGUUGCCAGAGGAGAUUCAUCAAUUACAAGAAGGGAACAGUGAAAUAUCCGCCAGAGUUUAGGCUACCCUUAUCAAUAAGUGGUUGCACAGAUUUAGAUAAAGCACUCACUCAAAUUAAAAUGUAGGCCUGGUGUCAAGAUAAACACCCAUUGCUUCACAAAAAUGGAUCAACGGCAGAUAGAAUAUGGAUGGGUUGCGUGCAUGUGUUUCUAUUUUCUAAUGGUUGUCAAUGUCAUCUUCAUAUAGCCUAGGCCUAUAUCACAGCUGUCUCCAUAUCUCCCCAUAACUUUCCUCGUCAAUUUAUAUGAUAGGGUACGUUGAUUUAGCAUUAUCCUAUAAUGUAGACUCGUUUUUGAUAUCCUACAGAAAGGAUUUGAAGCUAAGACAAGGUUUUUAAUACGUUUUUUGAGAAAGGUGAAAUGUGAUUUGAGUGAAAUGCGCUGCAGGCGGCUUUGAUUGAUUGGUCCUUUUAGGUGGGUGGGUGUGCACGUAUGAGUUUGUUAAUUAUCUCUAUGUCCAUUCAGAAAGUUUCCUGAAAUUGGUCUAGCCUAUCUGGACUUCAUCUCUUUAAUCAGGUAGAAAGAAAACUGUAGGCAGCAAGCAUCAUGAUGGUCGGCAUGUGCAAUUGAGGCAUGAUGACAGGUGCCAGUUUUGCGUUUCCUCUCUUAUUAAAUGGGGUGCAAAGAAUGAAACGUAGCCACGCUCCUUUCAUGAUUCAUCCUAUAGCAUAAUUAUCCUCAUAUUUUCAGUAGUAUAUUAUUUUUCCAGUAGGCCUAGUAUAUGAUUUUUCUCUCAUUACGGCGGCCUCUCUAUCCACUUUGAACAACAUAGCCUAUUGCCACUGAGAAUGACCGCAGCAGCCUAUACUUUGCGAGUGGCUGCCUGCUGACACGUGUGCGCACGCACACCAACACACCCACACACUCAAUACAAUUAUGUUAUCGUAAUGGUGAGGUAGUCUGCUGCUGUUAGCAAUCAUUUCUUUGGAAAGUAAAUGCUAUAAUGCUAAUUUAUUUACAUUGUAAGAUGUACCUUGGUGGUAUCUCAGUUCAGUGGGGUAAUGGGAACAUAUAGUAGAUCACAUCAUAGAGAUAGUCAAUAAGGAUUACCUCCAGCACCAGUAACAACCAGUACAAAUGAACUAGUAGAGAGAAUCUCUGCAGCACUGGAUAAGCCAUGAGUAGAAUAAUGCCCCACAAGAGAAAAGAGAGAAAAUAAAAGGAGACCGUUGGGAUCCAUGUUCAAAUGCACUGGAAGUUCUGGGAGAGAGCAAUUUCAACUCUAGCUAAGAGGGUUAGGGAUAAUGCAGGACCUUCUGAUGUUUCUGGGGUUUAAAAUGAGGAGCGAAGAAAGAGGGAGAGAAAAUAGAAACCCUUGGUGGGGCCGAUAUCGUCAUGAAUGGAAGGAGAGAGGUUCUCAUUUUAACGAGCCUAUAUUGAGAGAGAGAAAGAAGGAACGAAAGAAAGAGGGUACCACAGAGAUGCAUCUCCAGAUGCAGACAAAACAGGAAGUAAUUAGCAGUACCAUUGGACACAAACACACACACAUCACAGGGGAGAAGCCUUGGACGGGCAGAAUUUUGCUCUGCCCAGAGUUCCCCUGAGUGGCGCAGUGGUCUAGCUGUGCCACUAGAGAUCCUGGUUCGAAUCCAGGCUCUGUCGCAGCCGGCCGCGACCGGGAGACUCAUGGCCAGCGCACAAUUGGCCUAGCGUUGUCCAGGGUAGGGGAGGGAAUGGCCGGCAGGGAUGUAGUUCAGUUGAUAGAGCAUGGCGUUUGCAACGCCAGGGUUGUGGGUUCGAUUCCCACGGGGGACCAGUAUGAAAAAAAAAAAAUAUAUAUAUAUAUAUAUAUAUAUAUAAUAUGUAUUCACUAACUGUAAGUCGCUCUGGAUAAGAGCGUCUGCUAAAUGACUAAAAUGUAAAUGUAAAUGUAAGUACCCCCCUCAUGUGCGUUUUACCAGUAAGCCUAUGGUCUCAUGAGUCUUCUCAAGUACCGCCUAUGGAUAGGGCAAGUACCCCCAGGGGUCCUAGUACCCCUGGUUGGGAACCCCUGAUUUAACAGGCCUCCUGAGUACAAUAUCGCGCCCUAGAGGGAGAACUAAUGUUCCCAUAACAUCUGAUAGGAGAGGAAGGGAGGGAGAGAGAGGGGAAGAGGGAGAGAGGAAAGGAGGAGAAAAAGAGAGGGAGAAUAAGGUGGAGGAGAAAGGGAGGAGGGAAAAGAGAGGGAGGAUAAGGUGGAGGAGAAAGGGAGGAGGGAAAAGAGAGGGAGGAUAAGGUAGGAGGCGAAGAAAAGGGACGGAGGGGAAAAGAUGAGGGGAAGGAUAAGGGUGGCCAGGAGGAAGGGAGGAGGGUAAAAGAGAGGGAGGUAAGGUGGAGGAGGAAUCUCAUUUACAGGGCGAGGAGGGGAAAAAGAGAGGCGGAUAAGGUGGAGGAGAAAGGGAGGAGGGAAAAGAGCGAAUGAAGGACAUGAGAGAAAGAGAAGAGAGCGAAGGAAAGAUGAGGAAAUAAAAUAACAAAGGAAGAAGCGUGAGAAGGGGAGAGUGUUCUCCACGACACAUUAGGCAGAGUGAGAGAAGAUGUAGUUUAAUUCAAUUCUAAUCAUGAAGUCAUCUGUUAGUCAGGGCUGAGGCAAGGCAGGGUUAAUUGUGGGGAAUGAGCUGUGUACAGUUUGAUGCAUUCUAGCACAAGCGCGCACACACACAUACUUUGUUUAUUCCAUUUCUAUUCAUUGCUACACUCUAGAGCCCUCAAACUCAACUCUGGACCUCUAAGCCAGUUCCACAGCGUUUAUUCAUUGUUUUAGACCUGAUUUAGACCUGGGAAACCCGGUGGGUGCAGUUAAUUAUCAGGUAGAACAGAAAGCCAGCAGGCUCUGGACCUCGUAGGGUAAGAGUUGAAUACCCCUGCUCUAGAGUUUAGAAGCACCCCUAACCCCCCAAAUAAAUUAAUGCUUCAGACAAUGAUGUGUAAAAUUGGCCUUGAUUGUAAUUGCUGUGUGCAAAAUGUUGGUAAAUGUUCUAUUAAAGGCCAAUAUGGGUUGAUUAUCAGGGUUGCUGGUUGUGCCUAAUCUUUUUACAACGGUUACAAGUAAACACACAUCGUCUUUUAACAAGUACCUGAUCUCUCUUACACUCUCUAUCUUUCGCACUGAAUCUCUUUCCCUUUCUCAGUCUUUCUUCUUUAGUCUUCCUUUUCACACCCUCUCUCUAACUCACUUGCUCUUUCUAUCGUAAGGGAAUAGGGAUUAGCAGUAUUUUCCACUAGUGCCGGAUGUCGGCUAUACAGCCGAUUUACAGAGUCAUUUUCAGCCGGGUACUUUUUCCACUUAAAUUAACUAGGCUACUUUUCAAUUCGCUAGUCAGAAAAAAAGUCUGCUGAGCCCGAUCCUGCUAGAAUGAACGAUAUGCAUAUUCUAGCAAUCUAUUGAUAGGACAGGCGCCUGUCAGUCACAAAGUGAGCGAUGACAGGGAAACACUAAUGGUUUGACAGUCUGCUGUCGGUCCCGCCUCUCAGUACCUGGGUGUGUGCGUGCUGUGUUUGCAGUUGAAUUUCUACACGGAGGGAGAGAGCAUGAAAUUGCACGUCCCAUAUAAUGUGAGUGAAUUUGCACGUCCAAUAUAAUGUGGUAAUGAUGAGUCGAAAUCCACAUAGCCUAUUGUUUUCUGGUUCAUUCAGUUAUUUUAUUUCACAUGCAGGGUCUGACAUUAACGAUGGCUUGCUGGCCCGGGGCCACUAAAACAUGCUGGGCCAGUGGAUCUCGUCAGUCACUGGCCCCAGUAUCUUUUCAGCGCAUUUUUGCAUUCCAGUUCAUAAUUUACCUGCUCUGUCGCAGUCUAUUUACAUUUAACAUUUUAGUCAUUUAGCAGACGCUCUUAUCCAAGAGCGACUUAGUUAGUGAGUGCAUACAUUUUCAUACUGGCCCCCCGUGGUUAACGAACCCACAACCCUGGCGUUGCAAGCGCCAUGCUCUACCAACUGAGCUACAUGGGACCAUUGAAGACUACACACGUAAAUGUCAUGCUAUUUGUAUUUGAGAAAUCUGAUUGGGCGUUCAUUCAAGCACCACCACGCUCCAGCUAGUCACAACUUCUCGAGCAGUACAUGAGUUGAUGUCUCGCUGAGCUUUUUUAUUUUAGGGAAAGUGAUUUAUAAAAGUGAAGCUCCAAUAGUGAACAUACUAGCAAUAUGCUGGCUACUGUUGAUAGUCUGCAAAAAGAAAGCUACAAAAAGUCACCUGGCAUUCCUCUUGCAAUGUUUUUCAUGGUUCAGGAUCCUUAGUUCCAGUGAAGGCAAAUCUUAACGCUACGCUACAGCAUACAAUGACAUUCUAGACGAUUCUGUGCUUCUAAAUUCGUGGCAACCGUCUGGAGAAGGCCCUUUCCUGUUUCAGCAUGACAAUGCCCCCGUGCACAAAGCGAGGUCCAUACAGAAAUGGUUUGUCGAGAUUGGUGUUGAAGAACUUGACUGGCCUGCACAGAGCCCUGACCUCAACCCCAUCAAACACCUUCAGGAUGUAUUGGAACGCCGACUGCGAGCAAGGCCUAAUCGCCCAACAUCAGUGCCCAACCUCACUAAUGCUCUUGUGACUGAAUGGAAGCAAGUCCCCGCAGCAAUGUUCCAACAUCUAAUGGAAAGCCUUACCAGAAGAGUGGAGGCUGUUAUAGCAGCAAACGGGGAACCAACUCCAUGUUAAUGCCCAUGAUUUUGGAAUGAGAUGUUCGACGAGCAGGGUCCACAUACUAUUGGUCAUGUAGUGUACCUACUUUAGAAACAAAAAUGAAUGCAAUUAAUAUAAUGCAAUUUCUAAAGAAUAGAGUAAGGACUUGCAUUGCUAAAUUAUAUUACACAGUUUUUUAAUACAUAUCAUAAUAACCAAAUGUAGCCUAUUACCGUAAUAGCUGAAUAUAGAGAGAAAGCAUGCCAACCUAUAGGUCCUGAUGACCCCAAUGCAUUUAAGAACUACACAAUGUCCGGGCCGGUAGAAAUUCUGGUCGGGCCAGUGAGAAAAAAAAGUUAACGUUCGACCUUGGCGUGUUUCAUAUGCAGCCACAGGGUGGUGGCGCAUAGGCUAUUUACUGUGCUUUGAUUGACAAACAGCAAGCUUGACUAGUUUACAAAAGGUGUCGAACUGACUGAAUAAAGUCGAUCUCAUAUAUCCUUGCCAUUCGUAAAUCAUACAACGUAGUUGUAUAAAAAUAUAAACGCAACAUGCAACAAUUUCAAAGAUUUUACUGAGUUAAAGUUCAUAUAAGGAAAUCAGUCAAAUGAAAUACAUUCAUAAGGCCCUAAUCUAUGGAUUCACAUGACUGGGAAUACAGAUAUACAGUGGGGGAAAAAAGUAUUUAGUCAGUCACCAAUUGUGCAAGUUCUCCCACUUAAAAAGAUGAGAGUGGACUGUAAUUUUCAUCAUAGGUACACGUCAACUAUGACAGACAAAUUGAGGGGAAAAAAUCCAGAAAUUCACAUUGUAGGAUUUUUAAUGAAUUUAUUUGCAAAUUAUGGUGGAAAAUAAGUAUUUGGUCACCUACAAACAAGCAAGAUUUCUGGCUCUCACAGACCUGUAACUUCUUCAUUAAGAGGCUCCUCUGUCCUCCACUCGUUACCUGUAUUAAUGGCACCUGUUUGAACUUGUUAUCAGUAUAAAAGACACCUGUCCACAACCUCAAACAGUCACACUCCAAACUCCACUAUGGCCAAGACCAAAGAGCUGUCAAAGGACACCAGAAAUAAAAUUGUAGACCUGCACCAGGCUGGGAAGACUGAAUCUGCAAUAGGUAAGCAGCUUGGUUUGAAGAAAUCAACUGUGGGAGCAAUUAUUAGGAAAUGGAAGACAUACAAGACCACUGAUAAUCUCCCUCGAUCUGGGGCUCAAAAUGAUCACAAGAACGGUGAGCAAAAAUCCCAGAACCACACGGGGGGACCUAGUGAAUGACCUGCAGAGAGCUGGGACCAAAGUAACAAAGCCUACCAUCAGUAACACACUACGCCGCCAGGGACUCAAAUCCUGCAGUGCCAGACGUGUCCCCCUGCUUAAGCCAGUACAUGUCCAGGCCCGUCUGAAGUUUGCUAGAGUGCAUUUGGAUGAUCCAGAAGAGGAUUGGGAGAAUGUCAUAUGGUCAGAUGAAACCAAAAUAGAACUUUUUGGUAAAAACUCAACUCGUCGUGUUUGGAGGACAAAGAAUGCUGAGUUGCAUCCAAUGAACACCAUACCUACUUUGAAGCAUGGGGGUGGAAACAUCAUGCUUUGGGGCUGUUUUUCUGCAAAGGGACCAGGACGACUGAUCCGUGUAAAGGAAAGAAUGAAUGGGGCCAUGUAUCGUGAGAUUUUGAGUGAAAACCUCCUUCCAUCAGCAAGGGCAUUGAAGAUGAAACGUGGCUGGGUCUUUCAGCAUGACAAUGAUCCCAAACACACCGCCCGGGCAACGAAGGAGUGGCUUCAUAAGAAGCAUUUCAAGGUCCUGGAGUGGCCUAGCCACUAGUUGAAAGUCCGUGUUGUCCCAGCGACAGCCCCAAAACAUCACUGCUCUAGAGGAGAUCUGCAUGGAGGAAUGGGCCAAAAUACCAGCAACAGUGUGUGAAAACCUUGUGAAGACUUACAGAAAACGUUUGACCUGUGUCAUUGCCAAUAAAGGGUAUAUAACAAAGUAUUGAGAAACUUUUGUUAUUGACCAAAUACUUAUUUUCCACCAUAAUUUGCAAAGAAAUUCAUUAAAAAUCAUACAAUGUGAUUUUCUGGAUUUUUUCUCCUCAUUUUGUCUGUCAUAGUUGACGUGUACCUAUGAUGAAAAUUACAGGCCUUGUACAAUUGGUGGCUGACUAAAUACUUUUUCCCCCCACUGUAUAUCUGUUGGUCACAGAUACCUUAAAAAAAAAAAUAGGGCCGUGGAUCAGGAACCAGUCAGUAUCUGGUGUGACCACCAUUUGCCUCAUGCAGCGCGACACAUCUCCUUUGCAUAAAGUUGAUCAGGUUGUUGAUUGUGGACUGUGGAAUGUUGUCCCACUCUUCUUCAAUGGCUGUGUGAAGUUGCUGGAUAUUGUUGGGAACUGGAACACACUGUACACGUCGAUCCAGAGCAUCAGAUAUCCCCCUUUCCCUUUCCCAAACAUGCUCAAUGGGUGACAUGUCUGGAGGAAGAACUGAGACAUUUUCAGCUUCCAGGAAUUGUGUACAGAUCCUAGCGACAUGGGGCCGUGCAUUAUCAGGCUGAAACAUGAGGUGGCGGCACCGGAUGAAUGGCACGACAAUGGGCCUCAGAAUCUCGUCACGGUAUCUCUGUGCAUUCGAAUUGCCAUCGAUAAAAUGCAAUAGUGUUCAUUGUCCGUAGCUUAUGCCUACCCAUACCAUAACCCCACCGCUAUCAUGGGGCACUCUGUUCACAAACCGCUCGCUCACCCGACAGUGCCAUCUGCCCGGUGCAGUUGAAACCGGGAUUCAUCCGAGAAGAGUACAGUGGAGGCUAGCAUUUUCCCACUGAAGUCGGUUACGACACCGAACUGCAGUCAGGUCAAGACCCUGGUGAGGACGACAAGCACGCAGAUGAGCUUCCCUGAGACGGUUUCUGACAGUUUGUGCAGAAAUUAUUUGGUUGUGCAAACCCACAGUAUGAUCAGCUGUCCGGGUGGCUGGGCUCAGACGAUCCUGCAGGUGAAGGACUGGGCUGGCGUGGUUACACGUGGUCUGUGGUUGUGAGGCCAGUUGGACGUACUGCCAAAUUCUCUAAAACGACGUUGGCGGCGGCCUAUGGUAGAUAAAUUAACAUACAAUUAUCUGGUAACAGCUCUGGUGGACAUUCCUGCAGUCAGCAUCCCAAUUGCGUGAUCCCUCAAAACUUGAGACAUCUGUGGCACUGUGUUAGUGACAUAACUGCACAUUGUAGAGUGGCCUUUUAUUGUCCCUAGCACAAGGUGCACUUGUGUAAUGACCAUGCUGUUUAAUCAUAUUCUUGAUAUGCCACACCUGUCAGGUGGAUGGAUUAUCUUGGCAAAGGAAAAAUGCUCACUAACAGGGAUGUAAACAAAUUUGUGCACAACAUUUUAGAGAAAUACGUUUUUUGUGCGUAUGGAACAUUUCUUGGAUCUUUUAUUUCAGCUCAUGAAACAUGGGACCAACAUUUUACAUGUUGCGUUAAUGAUUUUGUUCAGUGUAUAUUUCCAUGGUAUCGCAUCCGGACAAGUAAACUAAAGAUCUCAUUUGUAUUUUCGAUUUGAAGUCCAUUAGGACUUGCCAGACAGUGACGUUAAAGUGAGUGACUCUUCAGUUGCCUAGCGAAUUGCAUCGGUAAGAGAGCUGUUCAUUUGGGUCCCUAAUUUGCAACCUUUUAGGCUUUUUGGCGAUUAUCUGCAAAUAAAUGAUAAACAUUCUAUGAAGAUAGUGAAUCCUCCUCACUGCAGGAACAAAAGGUAGGCUAGUGGAGAGAGCUCCUCACUCUGGUCCAAAAUAUGAUACAAGAAAACGGAUUUAAUUGUUUUAAAAGGUAAUGAUACUUAUACAAUAUUUAAUUUUUUGUAAUAUUUUCUUUGACUUUUCUUUGACAAUAAACAAAAACAUACAUAGACAAAAACAAUAGACAACUUAACAUUUGCGUGCGUACGUACAUACAUACAUACAUUUCAACAAACAUUAAUGACAUCACCCAAUGGGUUGGGCAAUAAUAUUUGUGUAUCUCACUGCACGGAUAGACGGAUUAAAAGUAAACUUACAUUUUAAAACUUCUGAAAGUCAGCCUUCUAACUCUGCCCAUAACUUUUGGACUUUAUAGCACUCACAGAAGGCAUGAAUUAUUGAGUCAUUGUUCGUUUUACACUUAAGACAUGACUGCUGUUGUCGUGACGUGAUUUAACAUUCAUCUGAUAACUGUUAUUUCUCUAAUUUACUAUGUUUAAUUGUUACCCGAUUAAAAAUUAAUCAUGUAACAAUUAACUCAUUAGGAUUUGGGGCACCAAGGGAGAAUUUGUUUAACGAGUUACCAUCUCCCAAAUUAACUCUAGAAGAUAUAUAGAUAUCUCUUACGUCAAUAAGUCACUUAUUAGUCAUUACCUCAGAUCAAAUAAUUCUGAACGUCGCAUAGUCCUUGCAUCCGCACAAACUCCAGCCUUACUGAUCAUUCCGUACCACACAAAUUGGUUUAAUUAUUUAUUUACUAACUAACUAAAUGAUUACAUAGGAUACACACACACACGGUAUAGGUUAUUGAUUAGAAACUUAACACAAUGGAAAAGGGUCCCUAGUGGACUAACACAUGACUGCUUGUUCACCGAAAGAUGGAUGAGUAAAAAGAGAGAAAGAGAACCACAACACUUAUGCAUUUGGAAACUACGCUCUUGGUAAUCAUAAUACUUUCCACCCUAACCGCCCCCUGUUUGGAGAAGAAGUCAUGAAUGUAUUUACGUGUCUGAAUGUCUGCCUUUGUAAUUUUAUCUCUGUUGGACCCAAGCCUUCUUGGGAAGGGUCCGGUUGGGCCUUCUCUCAAACUUGGAGUGGAAGUCUCUGAUUGUCACCAGAGGUCACAAUGUCCUUCUUCUUAGUUGUCCGUGGCAUAAAUGACUGGUCAUGUAGUCUGGGCGAAAACCAACAGGGUGGUGUUUCCUUUCACUCGUUCUGGAAGAGUGGUCCUCUGAAGACAGCUAAUCAGCCAUGUCGAUGAUCCCCAGUGGGGUGAUGAGAGAAGUGUAGUAGACAAUGGUUUGAAAAGAGUAACAGGAUGGUCCUACUUAAAUUCACCUUCUUCGAUACAGUACUUAGAACAGCUACUCAGCCGUAACAUUGAUUGUUAGAGAGGCGACUUUGUCGUCUUCACCUCGUGUUGAUUUUCAGGGUCGUAACCAAUGGAGACCUAAGCUUCAGCUUGAGUCCGUCUGGUCUGAUAUGUUAAUGCUUAACUCAUCUUUUUAUACACUCUGGUUAAAAGGGGGUGUUCCGUCAUGCAGACACGCUCUCUCGGCUCCCUCGGGAGUGGCUAAUUACUUGUGCAAACAAUUCUCAAAACGAUGAUCUCGUUAGAAAACUAAAAUCAUUCCUAUCUUAACAAAAUUACUCUCAUCAUUCUUCAGAUUUCAUAUACAACAUAAAAGACGAAACUUGACAUACAGUGCUAUGAAAAGUAUUUUCCCCCUUUUCUAAUUUUCUCUACUUUUGCAUAUUUAUGAUACUGAAUGUUAUCAGAUCUUCAACCAAAACCUAAUAUUAGAUAAAGGGAACAUAAGUGAACAAAUAACACAACAAUUACAUGUUUAUUUCAUUUAUUUCAUAAACAAAGUUAUACAACACCCAAUUCCCCUGUGUGAAAAAGUAAUUGCCCCCUUACACUCAAUAACUGGUUGUGCCACCUUUAGCUGCAAUGACUCCAACCAAAUGCUUCCUGUAGUUGUUGAUCAGUCUCUCACGUCGCUAUGGAGGAAUUUUGGCCCACUCUUCCAUGCAGAACUGCUUUAACUCAGUGACGUGUGGGUUUUCAAGCAUGAACUGCUCGUUUCAAGUCCUGCCACAACAUCUCAAUUGGGAUUAGGUCUGGACUUUGACUAGGCCAUUUCAAAACUUCCAAUUUGUUGCUUUUUAGCAAUUUUCAUGUAGACUUGAUUGUGUGUUUUGGAUCAUUGUCUUGCUGCAUGACCCAGCUGCGCUUCAGCUUCAGCUCACAGACGGAUGGUCUGACAUUCUCCUGUAGAAUUCUCUGAUACAGAGCAGAAUUCAUUGUUCCUUCUAUUAAGGCAAGUCAUCCAGGUCCUGAGGCAGCAAAGCAUCCACAAACCAUCACACCACCACCACCACGCUUGACCUUUGGUAUGAUGUUCUUACUGUGGAAUGCAGAGUUUGGUUUUCGCCAGGCAUUACUGGAACCAUGUCGUCCAAAAAGUUAUACAUUUGAAUCAUCUGUCCAUAGAACAUUCUUCCAAGAGUCUUGAUGAUCAUCCAGGUGCUUUUUGGCAAACUUGAGUCAACUUUUUGGACGAGAUGGGUCCCAUUAUGCCUGGCGAAAACCAAAUGUCUUGUAAUUCAUCAGAUAAUGUAUAUUAAUUACGCUUUGGAUGGUGUAGCAAUACACCCAGUCACUACAAAGAUACAGGCGUCCUUCCUAACUCAGUUGCCGGAGAGAAAGGAAACCGCUCAGGGAUUUCACCAUGAGACCAAUGGUGAUUUUAAAACAGUUACAGAGUUUAAUGGCUGUGAUAAAACUGAGAAUGGAUCAACCACAUUGUAGUUACUCCACAAUACGAACCUAAAUGACAGAGUGAAAAGAAGGAAGUCUGUACGAAAAUAUUCCAAAACAUGUGUUCUUUUUGCAAUAAGGCACUAAAGUAAUACUGCAAAAAAUGUGGCAAAGAAAUUUACUUUUUUCCUGAAUACAAAGCAUUAUGUUUGGGGAAAAUCCAAUACAUCACUGAGUACGACUCGUCAUAUUUUCAAGUAUGGUGGUGGCUGUGUCAUGUUAUGGAUAUGCUCAUCAUCAGCAAGGACUAGGGAGUUUUUUGGGGGAUAAAAACAACAAACAGUAGAGCACAGGCAAAAUCCUUGAGGAAAACCUGGUUCAGUCUGCUUUCCAACAGACACUGGGAGACAAAUUCACCUUUCAGCAGGACAAUAACCUAAAACCCAAGGUCAUAUGGAGUUGCUUACCAAGAUGACAUUGAAGGUUCCUGAGUGGCCUAGUUACAAUUUUGACUUAAAUCGGCUUGAAAAUCUAUGGCAAGACUUGAAAAAGACUGUCUAGAAUGAUGAACAACCAACUUGACAGAGCUUGAAGAGUUUCAAAUAGAAUAAUGGACAAAUAUGUGUACAAUCCAGGUGUAUAAAUCUCUUAGAGACUUAACCAAAAAGACACAGCUGUAAUCGCUGCCAAAGGUGAUUCUAACAUGUAUUGACUCAGGGGGUUGAAUACUUAUCUAAUCAAGAUAUAUUAGUGUUUUAUUUGUCAUUCAUCUUUAAAAAAUUACGAUUUCUUUUUCGAUUAUGACAUUAGAGUAUUUUGUGUAGAUCGUUGAAAAAAAAGACAAAUCAAUUUUAAUCCCAAUUUGUAACGCAACAAAAUGUGGAAAAAAUAAAUGGGUGUGAAUAAUUUCUGAAGGCAAUGUAAGUUCUGUGGUCAGUUUGUAACACCUUGUGAAUUAAAUUAAAGUAUAGUGGCUAGGGCAGAGUUUUCCAAACUCGGUCUUGGGGACCCCAAGGGGUACACAUUUUUGUUUUUGCCCUAGCACUACAGAGCUGAGUCAAAUAAUCAAAGCUUAAUGAUGAGUUUGUUAUUUGAAUCAGCUGUGUAGUGCUAGGGCAAAAACCAAAACGUGCACCCCUUGGUGUCCCCAGGACCGAGUUUGGGAAACACUGGGCUAGUGGGGCUCUACUUGGGGAGUGUGGGUCUGCCGAAAGACCGAAGUGAGAUGAGUGAUGCCACCGUGUCCCGAUCCAUAGGAUAGAGCCCCUCUCCACUCUCACCAAUAACCACCAUUGAAUCUUAGCUAUAAUGACAAACAAGGAAUAAUAAUGACUCGACAUCCUCUUCUAAUCUAACCAGAACUCUUAUUCAUUUUACAGCAGAUUUGCAAGUCACAAAAAUGUUAUAAUUUUACAUUGUAGUAUAGAUGAAUCCUUCCUUCCCUCUCUCCCAAGCUAAACUUAUCCUCCUCCCAGUUGUCCUCCCCCCUUUACCGCAUCCAAGCCAAGCUUGUCCCAACCGCCCACGCUUGCCCACCCAAGCCAAACUUGUCUCAACCUCCCAUCCUUGCCCACCCAAGCUAAGCUUGUCCCUACCUCCCAUCCUUGCACACCCUUACCCACCCAAGCCAAGCUUGUCCCAACCUCCCAUCUUUUCCCACCCUUCUUUCCUCUCAGACACACUUACACCCCAUCCAGCCAUCAACUUACUCAUCCAUUCUCAUUCAUUCCCACACAACACCCUAUGCAUCCACACACCCAUUCCCUCCCACCCUCCUACACAUAUUCAUAUUCACCAUCCCUCACUCCUCCCUCACACUCCCAUUCAUAUAUACACACACACACACACACACAUACACACACAAACACACGUAAACAGACACGCACAUCCAUAGAACAGUUAAUGACAUACAUGCUAUAUUUCACCCCUUGAAAUGCCUUUUCAGUGUUCAUGUAGCCCAUUGGCAUCAGCUACUUCUAUCAUUACUUCAUAGAGAAGAACAGUUGCUUGGGGAAAAUAUAGACAAUAUAGGUCUACUGAUUUAAUCAACGUGUUGACAGUGGAGUAGUCAAAUGCUGCUUUCUGUGUAGCAAAGCCCAUGUUUAACACCUGCUUCAUUCUUCAAUCAUACCUGUAUUGCAGAUAGCUGAGAAAAUGCCUCUUAAAAGGAAGCUUGAAGCCUGUGGAAGUCAGCAGACUCUUACAGGAUUCUACCUUUUUCCUGUGUUGUAAAUAAAUCAAAUUGCCACAUGCUCCGAAUACAACAGGUGUAGACAUUACAGUGAAACGCUUACUUACAAGCCCUUAACCAACAAUGCAUUUUUUAAAGAAAAUAAAAAAAAGUGUUAAGUAAAAAAAAGAAAAGCAAAUAACUACAGAGCAGCAGUAAAAUAAAAUAACAGUAGGGAGGCUAUAUACAGGGGGGUACCGGUGCAGAGUCAAUGUGCGGGGGCACCGGCUAGUGGAGGUAAUUGAGGUAAUAUGUACAGUGAGGGAAAAAAGUAUUUGAUUUCCUGCUGAUUUUGUACGUUUGCCCACUGACAAAGAAAUGAUCAGUCUAUAAUUUUAAUGGUAGGUUUAUUUGAACAGUGAGAGACAGAAUAACAACAACAAAAUCCAGAAAAACGCAUGUCAAAAAUUUUAUCAAUUGAUUUGCAUUUUAAUAAGGGAAAUAAGUAUUUGACCCCUCUGCAAAACAUGACAUAGUACUUGGUGGCAACUUGUUGGCAAUCACAGAGGUCAGACGUUUCUUGUAGUUGUCCACCAGGUUUGCACACAUCUCAGGAGGGAUUUUGUCCCACUCCUCUUUGCAGAUCUUCUCCAAGUCAUUAAGGUUUCGAGGCUGACGUUUGGCAACUCGAACCUUCAGCUCCCUCCACAGAUUUUCUAUGGGAUUAAGGUCUGGAGACUGGCUAGGCCACUCCAGGACCUUAAUGUGCUUCUUCUUGAGCCACUCCUUUGUUGCCUUGGCCGUGUGUUUUGGGUCAUUGUCAUGCUGGAAUACCCAUCCACGACCCAUUUUCAAUGCCCUGGCUGAGGGAAGGAGGUUCUCACUCAAGAUUUGACGGUACAUGGCCCCGUCCAUCGUCCCUUUGAUGCGGUGAAGUUGUCCUGUCCCCAUAGCAGAAAAAUACCCCCAAAGCAUAAUGUUUCCACCUCCAUGUUUGACGGUGGGGAUGGUGUUCUUGGGGUCAUAGGCAGCAUUCCUCCUUCUCCAAACACGGCGAGUUGAGUUGAUUCCAAAGAGCUCGAUUUUGGUCUCAUCUGACCACAACACCUUCACCCAGUUCUCCUCUGAAUCAUUCAGAUGUUCAUUGGCAAACUUCAGACGGGCAUGUAUAUGUGCUUUCUUGAGCAGGGGGACCUUGCGGGCCUUGCAGGCGCUUUCAGUCCUUCACGGCGUAGUGUGUUACCAAUUGUUUUCUUUGUGACUAUGGUCCCAGCUGCCUUGAGAUCAUUGACAAGAUCCUCCCGUGUAGUUCUGGGCUGAUUCCUCACCGUUCUCAUGAUCAUUGCAACUCCACGAGGUGAGAUCUUGCAUGGAGCCCCAGGCCGAGGGAGAUUGACAGUUAUUUUGUGUUUCUUCCAUUUGCGAAUAAUCGCACCAACUGUUGUCACCUUCUCACCAAGCUGCUUGGCGAUGGUCUUGUAGCCCAUUCCAGCCUUGUGUAGGUUUACAAUUUUGUCCCUGACAUCCUUGGAGAGUUUGGAAUCUGAUUAAUUGAUUGCUUCUGUGGACAGGUGUCUUUUAUACAGGGAACAAGCUGAUAUUAGGAGCACUCCCUUUAAGAGUGUGCUCCUAAUCUCAGCUCGUUACCUGUAUAAAAGACACCUGGGAGCCAGAAAUCUUUCUGAUUGAGAGGGGGUCAAAUACUUAUUUCCCUCAUUAAAAUGCAAACCAAUUUAUAACAUUUUUGACAUGCGUUUUUCUGGAUUUUGUUGUUGUUAUUCUGUCUCUCACUGUUCAAAUAAACCUACCAUUAAAAUUAUAGAUUGAUAAUUUCUUUGUCAGUGGGCAAACGUAAAAAAUCAGCAGGGGAUCAAAUACUUUUUUCCCUCACUGUACAUGUGGGUAGAGUUAAAGUGACUAUGCAUAAAUAAUAAAGUAGCAGCAGCGUAAAAGAGGGGGGUGGGGGGGGCAGUGCAAAUAGUCCGGGUAGCAAUGAUUAGCUGUUCAGGAGUCUUAUGGCUUGGGGGUAGAAGCUGUUGAGAAUCCUUUUGGACCUAGACUUGGCGUUCCGGUACCGCUUGCCGUGCGGUAAAAGAGAGAACAGUCUAUGACUAGGGUGGCUGGAGUCUUUGACAAUUUUGAGGGCCUUCCUCUGACACCGCCUGGAAUAGAGGUCCUGGAUGGCAGGAAGCUUGGCCCCAGUGAUGUACUGGGCCGUACGCACUACCCUCUGUAGUGCCUUGCGGUCGGAGGCCGAGCAGUUGCCAUACCAGGCGUGAUGCAACCAGUCAGGAUGCUCUUGAUGGUGCAGCUGUAGAACCUUUUGAGGAUCUGAGUACCCAUGCCAAAUAUUUUCAGUCUCCUGAGGGGGAAUAGGCUUUGUCGUACCCUCUUCACGACUGUCUUGGUGUGUUUGGACCAUGAUAGUUCGUUGGUGAUGUGCACACCAAGGAACUUGAAGCUCUCAACCUGUUCCACUACAGCCCCGUCGAUGAGAAUGGGGGCGUGCUCAGUCCUCUAUUUUUUCCUUUAGUCCACAAUCAUCUCCUUUGUCUUGAUCACGUUGAGGAAGAGGUUGUUAUCCUGGCACCACACGGCCAGGUCUCGGACCUCCUCCCUAUAGGCUGUCUCAUCGUUGUCGGUGAUCAGGCCUACCACUGUUGUGUCGUCAGCAAACUCAAUGAUGGUGUUGGAGUCUUGCCUGGCCUUGCAGUCAUGGGUGAACAGGGAGUACAGGAGGGGACUGAGCACGCACCCCUGAGGGGCCCCCGUGUUGAGGAUCAGCGUGGCAGAUGUGUUGUUACCUACCCUUAGCACCUGGGGGCAGCCCGUCAGGAAGUCCAGGAUCCAGUUGCAGAGGGAGGUGUUUAGUCCCAGGAUCCUUAGCUUAGUGAUGAGCUUUGAGGGCACUAUGGUGUUGAACGCUGAGCUGUAGUCAAUGAACAGCAUUCUCACGUAGGUGUUCCUCUUGUCCAGGUGGGAAAGGGCAGUGUGGAGUGCAAUAGAGAUUGCAUCGUCUGUGGAUCUGUUGGGGCGGUAUGCAAAUUGGAGUGGGCCUAGGGUUUCUGGGAUAAUGGUGUUAACGUGAGCCAUGACCAGCCUUUCAAAGCACUUCAUGGCUACAGACGUGAGUGCUACGGGUCGGUAGUCAUUUAGGCAGGUUAUCUUAGUGUCCUUGGGCACAGGGACUAUGGUGGUCUGCUUGAAACAUGUUGGUAUUACAGACUCAGUCAGGGACAUGUUGAAAAUGUCAGUGAAGACACUUGCCAGUUGGUCAGCACAUGCUCGGAGUACACGUCCUGGUAAUCCAUCUGGCCCUGCGGCCUUGUGAAUGUUGACCUGCUUAAAAGUCUUACUCACAUCGGCUACAGAGAGCUUGAUCACAUAGUCACCCGGAACAGCUGAUGCUCUCAUGCAUGCUUCAGUGUUGCUUGCCUCGAAGCGAGCAUAGAAGUAAUUUAGCUCGUCUGGUAGGCUUGUGUCACUGGGCAACUCGCGGCUGUGCUUCCCUUUGCAGUCUGUAAUAGUUUUCAAGCCCUGCCACAUCCGACGAGCGUCAGAACCGGUGUAGUACGAUUCGAUCUUAGUCCUGUAUUGCCUCUUUGCCUGUUUGAUGGUUCGUCGGAGGGCAUAGCGGGAUUUCUUAUAAGCGUCCGGGUUAGAGUCCCGCUCCUUGAAAGCGGCAGCUCUACCCUUUAGCUCAGUGCGGAUGUUGCCUGUAAUCCAUGGCUUCUGGUUGGGGUAUGUACGUACGGUCACUGUGGGGACGACGUCAUUGAUGCACUUAUUGAUGAAGCCAGUGACUGAUGUGGUGUACUCCUCAAUGCUAUCUGAAGAAUCCCGGAACAUAUUCCAGUCUGUGCUAGCAAAACAGUCCUGUAGCUUAGCAUCUGCAUCAUCUGACCACUUUUUUAUUAACCAAGUCACUGGUGCUUCCUGCUUUAGUUUUAAGGUAAAGGUGGUUUAGAGUUUUUUUUCCUCUGGUUGCACAUUUAACAUGCUGUUAGAAAUUAGGUAGAACGGAUGUAAGUUUCCCUACAUUAAAGUCCCCGGCCACUAGGAGCGCUGCCUCUGGAUGAGCGUUUUCCUGUUUACUUAUGGCCUUAUACAGCUCAUUGAGUGCAAUCUUAAUGCCAGCAUCGGUUUGUGGUGGUAGAUAGACAGCUACGAAAAAUAUAGAUGAAAAGUCUCUUGGUAAAUAGUGUGGUCUACAGCUUAUCAUGAGAUACUCUACCUCAAGCGAGCAAAACCUCGAGACUUCCUUAGUAUUAGAUUUUGUGCACCAGCUGUUGUUCACAAAUAUACACAGACCGCCACCCCUUGUCUUACCAGAGUCAGCCGUUCUAUCCUGCCGAUGUAGCGUAUAUCCCGUCAGCUGUAUGUUGUCCAUGUCGUCGUUCAGCCACGACUCGGUGAAACAUAAGAAUAUACAGUUUUUAAUGUCCCGUUGGUAGGAUAACUGUAAUCUUAGGUCGUCCAAUUUGUUCUCAAAUGAUUGAACAUUGGCUAAUAGGAUUGAUGGAAGAGGCAGUUUACUCUCUCGCCGUCGGAUCCUUACAAGGCACCCCGACCUACGUCCACGAUAUCUGUCUCUUUCUCAUGCGAAUGACAGGGAUUUGGGCCUUGUCGGGUGUCUGUAGGAUAUCCUUCGCGUCCGGCUCGUUGAUGAAAAAAUCUUCAUCCAAUACGAGGUGAGUAAUCGCUGUCCUGAUAUCCAGAAGCUCUUUUUGGUCAUAAGAGACGGUGGCAGAAACAUUAUGUACAGAAUAAAUUACAAAUAACGCAAAAAAACACACAUAAUAGUACAAUUGGUUAGAGGGCUCUAAAACGGCAGCCAUCUUCUCCGGCGCUAUGCCCUCCGACGACCUUUCCUCUCCUCUGUACAACAGCUGAUGAAACUAACACUGUAAAAGUGUGAAAACAUUUGAUCAAUGUUAUUUCCUGAUAGUUGCUGAAAAUACAGUCUAGCAUUAGAAUGUACCAGAAAACACCCCAGCCGGGCGAGCCUGGCUUGCUACUUUUUCUAUUUGGCUUGUGGAAAACACUGGAUUAGUAUGAAAAAAAAUUAUUAUUCACUCACUAACUGUAAGUCGCUCUGGAUAAGAGCGUCUGCUAAAUUACUUAAAUGUAAAUGUAUCCAAUGUCACUUAGACUGUAUGUACCUCCACUUUAAACUAUACCUUUUCUAGGAAGACUGUCUGCACUAGUACUGUCUGCGCUACACCAUUAGACCCAGAGAAGAGCAUGAGAAAGGUUACUCUGUGUCGUUCCCUAGGGAGUGUACUAAGUAGUGCAGUAGGGAGGGGAUUGGGUAUGUGGAGGGGUUGUUAGGGCCCUUAAGUAUCUGUGGCAGGUGUUGAAGGGGUCCUUGGGGUACUUGUAUUUGGGAGGGUUGUUGGGGGUGGUAUUUGGGCGAGUCUUGGGGUUAAUUUGAGUUGAUUUGGGAAGGAGGGAAACGGGGGUAAGAAAGGACAAGAGCAGAGGGGAGUGAAAAGGAGAGAUGGAACAGAAGAUGACUCUGUAGAGGAGAGGCAAAAUAAGGAGAGGACUCAGGAGAGUUGAUGAAAGGAGAGGAAAAGAGAAAGGAGGAGUGGAGGCAAAAUAAGGAGACAACUCAGCAGAGGAGAGGAAAGGGAAAGAGAGGGAUGAGAAGGGGACAGAGGGUUGUGGCCUCUAACAUCCAGGCCUUUAGAAUGGGCUGUAAGAAACACUGGAGACAAAUGACUGUGAUUCUCUAACAAGACCUCUGAGACACCAACAGAGGGAGGGAGGGAAGGAGAUAAAGGGGAAAAUUGAGGGAAUUAGUAAGAUGGAGAGGGGAGGAAGGGAUGGAUGGAUGGAGGAAGAGGGAGGGAGGAAGUUCAAAAGAGAGCGAGAGAGGGAAAGAGGAUGGAGAGGGAGGGAUGAGGGGAGAGGGAGGGAUGAGGGGAGAGAGGGAAAGAGGAUGGAGAGGGAGGGAUGAGGGGAGAGAGGGGGAGAGAGGGAAAGAGGAUGGAGAGGGAGGGAUGAGGGGAGAGAGGGAAAGAGGAUGGAGAGGGAGGGAUGAGGGGAGAGAGGGAGGGAUGAGGGGAGAGAGGGAAAUAGGAUGGAGAGGGAGGGAUGAGGGGAGAGAGGGAGGGAUGAGGGGAGAGAGGGAGAGGAUUACAGCAUAUUUAACCAGCAUAUAACAGUAUGCUGCCUUACACAGUCCUCGUCUAUCAAUACUGCUUCCCUCUCUUCUCUCAGUUCCCCCCUCUCUUUUACCAACUCCCUUCACUUAUUCCCACUAUUCUCUCAUUCACUCUUCUCCCUUACAUUCUCUCCUCCUUUUUCUCUCAUCCUCUAUCCUCCCUUCCCUCUUCCCCUCAUGUCCUUUUCUGAGCUGUAGGUGUUCUUGGAGCUACCCAGCAUGCAACAGCUUGACUCGUCCCCCACCUGCGUUCCUCCCUUCUUUCCUCUCCUCCUCUCCUCCUCCUGUCGUCCAGUUCUGUCGGGGGUUCUCAUCGCCCACUCUUAG